AUGAAACAGCUGCCUGCAGACACGGUGCGGCUUCUUUCCAGCUGUCAGGUCGUCACCUCUGUCGUAAACGUGGUGAAGGAGCUGCUGGAGAAUUCCUUGGAUGCUGGUGCCUUGAGCAUCGACAUUAAACUGGUAAAAUAUUAUUUUACCCAUUACUGUGGCCAGGGAAGCACAUGAAAAUCACUAAUGGCAUGUUGAAAUUGUCACAUUCUAAAGCACAUAUUUGACUUGCUUUCCCUGGCAAGAAUUUGGCCUACUUAAAGGGCAAUUACACCACUUUUCAACCAAAUUUUCAUUAUCUCCAGCACAAUAUGUUUAUUCAUAUGUUAAAACGACGUAUUUCUACAUGGGGUGUCAGGUAGCCUAGUAGUGGUCCGUUGUGUGCACAGUUCAAAAGCAAUUGUUUACGCAAUCCAAAAACAGUCCAUUAUAAAUCGCAAUCUAUCAUGAUUUGAAUGCUUGUUCUAUUGCCAACAUGACUAACUAAGUUAUAAAAUACAAUCUUAGAGUGUUAGGCUUUCACAAGGCAAUUCAGAGAAACAGAUCAUCAUUUUGGUGCGCAUAGAAAGGAGUCAUGAGUGCAUUCAGGUGUGUUUGCUGCGCACAUUUUCUUAAAUAAACAAACAGGCUCAUUCUGUUCAGAACAACCCAGGGUAUGACGCCAUGUCAUCUUGUAACUACAUCAAACAUAGUUUUCAUAAAAGUAGACAUUGUAUGUAACAAGAGAUUUAUGAUUUGGAAAUGUGAAGUGCACAUUUGGACUCAUAUGGCUUGCUUGUAUGACAUCAAAGAGGUAUUUAUUAUAAUCCUCAUCUGUCAAAAUACAUAGUAAUCUUAAUUUACAGCAUUUCACUCACGCAAACAACAAAAAAUGUGCAAAAGUUGCCCAAUUACCGGAAGGGAUGGGGGUAACUUCUUGUCGCGCGGUGCUCAAAUUCAGAACAGCUGUCAGUCAAAACCAUACAGCACUGUGAAGCGCAGAGCCAGAGCUCUAGCGUCAUGUAUAGCAUGUUACUGUACAGGCACUACGUUCCAAUUUAGGCGCUUAUAAGUGCCCAAAUCUGCCAUUUUCAACCCGUAUACGAGUACGAGCGUAAAGGGUUACUUCUACCCUGCAUUUUUUUAGGACCUUGUCUUUUGAACCACAGAUCAUAGAAACGUGCUGUUUUCACAUAUGUAGACACAAUGGUUUGGUGCUGGAAAUAAUGAAUAUAAGGUUGAAAAGUGGCAGAAUUGUCCUUUAAGGGAUGCUGUUUAACCUGUCAUGAAAAAAUGAAUGUAGCUAGCCACACACACACUGUCUCCAACUCCCAAUACUGUCUGAAAUGGUUGUAGUGUACUCAUGGUCAUGUCAUCUGAAUUCCUAAGAUAUUUUCCCAUUUCGAGUGGGCUCGGCUCACCUGCUCUCAGUGUGAGCUUGUUUUUCUUGGCAUGGCGGAAUACUUGAGUUCACUCUCAUCAGUGCAGUCUUUGCCCACUUCAAAGCCAUUUCUUAAUGAGCUGUCAGCAGUAAUCCUUUCAGGCAGCACAGCCAGCCUCUGAGGACAUAGUGAAGCUUUUUUAUUGGACUAAUAUCUCCAACUCUUCUCCUAUAUUGCCAAGAGGAAAGCAAAUCCACUUAUGAAGAGGAAAACAUUUUUCCGGAACUGUGAACACCACAUCAUCAAUAUCAAAAGCCCUCCAAGCAUCUAGCACAUAAACCUGCCUGUAUGGAAGGAAGGAAGCGAAUGUUUUAUUGAAGCACAAUUUAUUAUUUUCUUGUACUUUCUCCUCUUGAAUUGGAAACUAAGCUGCAGUGGACACUAAAAUAUUGUCAGAUCAACCCACAAAAGGUACUUUAAGAACUUAGGUGUUAAUAGGACACAAAACUCAAUCUGCUUUUGAGACUCUUUGAUGGGACAAUACUGAACUGACUUCAAUUUCUUAAUGAACUGCAUUCUCUGUUUUUUGUGUAUGUCAUGUGUCUUAGGAGAAUUAUGGUCUGGAUCGAAUAGAAAUCAGAGACAAUGGCUCUGGCAUCAAAGCUGCUGAUACUGCUGUGAUGGCUGUGAAACACUACACCUCUAAGAUCAGCAGCCACGAUGACCUGGAGCACCUGGCGACAUAUGGCUUCAGAGGAGAGGCCCUGGGUUCCAUCUGCGCUGUGGCAGAGGUCAGACAUAGCUGUCUUUUACACAAUUCUGCUCCAAAAAGUCCAAAGCGGUACUAAGCAGCAGUGAUAGAUUUGUCCCGUUGUCUCCCGCCAGGUAGCUGUCACGACAAAGACGUCCGAGGAUGACGUCGGGACCCAGUACACGCUUGACCUCACGGGAAGUGUUGUUUCCCAGAAGCCCUCUCACCUAGGGCAAGGUUUGUCUUUUUCCUUUUUACUGAAACAGAGGAUUGAUUCCCUCAGUUUCCAACAAUAUUUAUUAUGUAUACUUAACAGAGAAAAAUGUUAUGGGUAGACAUGAGCUUUGAUGUCUUUUCAGGUACCACAGUCUGUGCGCUGAAGCUUUUUAAGAAUCUCCCAGUGAGGAGGCAGUACUACGCCAACACGAAGAAGUGCAAGGAGGAGUUGAAGAAGGUGCAGGACCUGCUCAUGGCCUAUGCCAUUAUAAAACCAGAGCUGAGACUCACCCUCACUCACAAUAAGGUACAACUUCAUUCUCAUUAUUUAUGAAUCUUUUGCACACACUUAUACUUCUUACCACAAGGUGUCCUCAUCUGUAUAUUCCAUGAAACCAAUCCCUGCAUACCAACUCCAGUAAUCACUGUUUAAACGUCAUUAAUGCUGUCUAUGAUUUGAUACGUUAGUGGUGUCUUGAUGGGGCUUAAAAUGGUAGAUAAUCUUAUUCUAGGGAUGUGCAUCUCUCCUUACAAGCACAAUUCGAUACGCAUCUAGAUACAUGGGCUCCGAUACUAUACAGGAACGAUACUUUUAGUUUGAAACGAUUAGAUCUGAGCUGGAUCUGUCUCAGCUGACCUCUCUCUGUGUGUGUGUGUGUGUGUGUGUGUGUGUGUUUGUAUGAUGUAGUGUGUGAGCUGAGCCAUAGGGCAGACUGAGCAUCUACCACGAUCAGAUUGAGGGGGGCAAUUUAUGUUUUUGUCCCCCCCACUUUUUAUCUGAAAUUCUCAUCACCCAGUGAUUAACUUGUCAUAUAGAAGAUAAAAAUGUUUUGAGCUAAUAAUAUGUCAAUAUUUAUCUUUAGAAAUUAGCUAAGACAUACAUAUCCAAUUAAUAUAACACAGCUUUGGAUUUCACCCAUGUCACAAAAGCGAAUGUUUUUGACCAUUUGGAACUUUACGGAGGAGAGCUGCUCUCUUCUCCUGUUCCGACCAGUGCAGCUCACAAAAAUUAUUGAUGUCCUUGUUAUGAAAUUACACUUUUACCCUGUUCAUGUAAAAAUGACCGAAAAGCCUCAAUCAGCAGUUACAUGUGCAAUCCGCAAGAUGUGAGUUGUGUCAACUCCGGUAGCCCACACAGCUCCGCCGGUAAAACACCAUUUUCUACAGCGCAUUUGGUAAGAAUGACCCAGCAAGUUGCAUUGGUUGUCCUGCAAUAAAGCCUAUGAUUUCAUGUUGCGAAAGCCAUUUUACAAACAUCUGAAUGCUGAAGGUGCCGCACAGGUGUAGCCUACAUAAAUUAGAACAGGGAUAGGGUAUGCCUAGCUACCUUGCAGCUGCUCACGCCAAUGAUUCUCCCGCACUGUGCGCACAGUUAUCUGACUUGUAGAUCAGUGUCAUACGCAGGUACGGUGCCUUCAGAAAUUAUUCAUACCCCUUGACUUAUUCCAUAUUUUGUUGUGUUACAGCCUGAAUUCAAAAUUGAUUACAUCUACAUACAAUACCCCAUAAUGACAAAGUGAAAACAAGUUUUUAGACAUUUGUGCAAAUUUAUUGAAAAUGAAAUACAGAUGUAAUUUACACUGAACAGAAAUAUAAACGCAACAAUUUCAAAGAUUUGACUAAGUUAUAGUUCAUAUAAGGAAAUCAGUAAAUUGAAAUAAAUAAAUAAAUGAGGCCCUAAUCUAUCGAUUUCACAUGACUGGGAAUACAGAUAUGCAUCUGUUGGUCACAGAUACCGGUACAGUUGAAACCGGGAUUCAUCUGUGAAGAGCACACCUCUCCAGCGUGCCAGUGGCCAAUGAAGGCUAGCAUUUGCCCACUGAAGUCGGUUACAAUGCCUAACUGCAAUCAAGUCAAGACCCUGGUGAGGACGACGAGUUCGCAGAUGAGCUUCCCUAUGACGGUUUGUGCAGAAAUUCUUUGGUUGUGCAAACCCAAAGUUUCAUCAGCUGUCCGGGUGGCUGGUCUCAGACGAUCCCGCAGGUGAAGAAUCUAGAUGUGGAGGUCCUGGGCUGGCGUGGUUACACGUGGUCUGCAGUUGUGAGGCUGGUUGGACGUACUGCCACAUUCUGUAAAACGACGUUGGAGGUGGUUUAUAGUAGAGAAAUUAACAUGACAUUUUUUGGCAACAGCGCUGGUGGACAUUCCUGCAGUCAGCAUGCCAUUUCCACGCUCCCUCAACUUGAGACAUCAUUGGCAUGUUGCAUUUAUAUUUUUGUUCAGUGUAUAUAUUUAUAUUCCAGACUCUGACAUUGCUCGUUCUGAUAUUUCUUAAUUCCUUUAUUUUAAUUUUUUUGAUGUGUGUAUUUUGUUUUGUUAGAUAUUACUGCACUGUUGGAGCUAGAAACAUAAGCAUUUCUCUGCACCUGCGAUAACAUCUGCAAAUAGUGUACGCAGCCAAUACGAUUUGAUUUGAGAUUCAGUUUCAAUCAGUGGCCACUUGGAAUAUAACAUUAGGGGAGGGGGUCAGAGGAGUUCCACGACCACCGUAUACUUUUCAUUGAAACCACUCGGAGAUCAUCAUGGGAGGAGUGUGCCCCCAUUUCAUGGCAUCAGCAGUUGGGAGACAUAUCCCGUAUCCCGAACUUUGCACUUCAGCCUGUGUUAGGUUUCAUGGCUUCUCCAAGUGCUUUUUACGGGAGUGAUCUGUUUACAGUCACUAAAUUGCAUAUUUCAUAGCAUAGACGUGUGCUGCUGCGGGCAGCAUGCUAUCAGAAAUCAACACCCUGGAGAUGUACUCGCUUGUGGACACACCAAUGACAGGCCCACCCGUGGGUGUGAAAAUGUGUUCGCUCUUUCUCCUGGACUACUUUCCUCUCACAUACAUCUGAUACGAAGGAAAAUCGGAGGAAUCCAUGCCUCGGUGGAGGGUGCACAGUGAUGAGGAAGAUUGUGUAACCUUGUGGCCACUGUGGUCAGCUUCCAUUAUGUAUUGGACAUUGAUCCAUUGGGUUGAAUAAUAUGCUCAGAUACAUGCUGAUUUGAGAGUGGUGUGAACUAGUGUCCGUUUUACAAGCUCCAAGGUCCGAGCAGACUUGCUGAUUCAGUAGAACUGCUCUCACAGUAUGUGACCUGACAUAUGCACCAGUGCGCACUAGCUUGUUCUCUAGCUUUCCCCAAACCCCCUGGUCUGGUUCAGGUCUUUCUAGAACAGUUGACACAGUAAACCUCUCUCCUAGCCCCUCUUGUGCCACCACACAGGUAAGGGAAGUGCUACAGGAGAGGCUUUGAUUGGUGGUCAGCGUCUACUGUCUUGAUUUCGAGAUCCGGCAGGUGGUCUUUUUUUAGCCAGACUGAAAAUAAGCUGCUGCGUGUUGUUGCAGGUGGUGGUGUGGCAGAAGGCCAAGGUGUCCGAUCACAGGAUGGCUCUCAUGGCUACACUGGGGCCCAACGCUGUGGCCCACCUGCUCCCCGUCCACCAUCAACAACCAGAGGUCAGUCAAACACUCACACCAGCAUCACUCCGUCAUGACACUGGUCCAUCCAAACCAGUUAUCAUAGAUAAAACAUUGCUGUUCUACUGCAAUAAUGCAAUUUAACUAUGCUAAAUAAGUGAAAAACUGAAAUUAGAUAUGAAUUCUAAAACACAGCACAGGACCAACGUUGUUGGCCCUUACCCCAGAAACUCCCAAUCUGUUUUGAUUGAACCCUCUUUCGAGUGGCUAUUAUAAUGUAGUCUCAUGCGCCACAUGCAAUUUGAUCAAGCAAGGCUACACAUUAGCCACAGUCAAGGGCUUUAAUGUAAUACCUCAGUCCUGAAAUCUGCUAGCAGGUGGCUGUUCUUGGAGGUGUCCACACAGAGCUUGACUUAAACAUUGCUGGUUUUGCAGUACUGUCCCCUCCUGCAGUGCUCAAUGACACCAAUUACUAUUUUAUUGAUUUCAUUCUCUCCCAAAAGUAUAUGUCAGUCAUAUUUUUCUGGGUUUUACAAUAAGUGCCCUGAGAUUCCCCUAACCAAGAGUACAAUGAGAGAUACAAAAACUGGGCACCAUUAAGGAUGGGGUGUGACCUUUUUGCAUAAUUUACAUCUGAGUUCUUUUUGUUCUGAAUUGGGACCUGAUGUUUAAACUAUCCUAACUAUACCCAUAUAGACAGAUCCUACACAAUAAGUAAUCCCAUUAUGAUACCAUGGCACGGUCACAGGUGCUUCUGUUGUUCAUCAUUACAUACAUUAUAAUACUGAAUCCUGCCUCCAAAAUAGAAAAAGAGGACAUGUAAAGAGUCAGAGCACCGUGUGACUCGAAUGGCGUGUGAUGCAAAUGGAAGGGGCAAUCAUGAAACGAUAUACCAGAACUGUCUUUACAAGUCAAAGCCAUUCGUACCCUUGUAACAAAUGUGGCACUGAAUUAAAUUAGAAGAGAUUGUGUGACCUGUGGUGCAUGUGGAUGGCCCAGCGUCAUAGAGAGACAUAGCACGGCUGCACUGGCACCCAGCCACUCGUCCUCCCACUGCCCUCCAGUCUUGGCCAACACCAGGGUUCCCAGAGACCCUCUCUCCAUAUCCUGGGUGUGUUCCACAGUCUGCAUGAACCUUGCUCUGGAUGGUGGUGGUUCAGCUACAGAAUGGACAGGUCCACCGUGUGUGUGUGUGUGUGUGAGAAACCCAAGAGAAAUACUAGACAGCAAGCUUAUUAAAUGACUACACCAAGAACUCGUGAUUUCAAGCGAGUAUAUGAUGUUGGUUGGCUGUUCGGCAGCUAUGUCUAUGCCCUUUUCUCCUUGUGUGAGAGAUUUGCUUUGCUGCUGGUAAUUGAGUUGGCUGUGGAGCGUUAAGUUUCUGCUUGGUCAUGGUAGGUGUUGUGUGGCUGCUACCUGCCGUGCAUCUCCCGGCUAAUGUGGCCUGACAGAUAUGGAGCACAAGUCCCUUUCCCCCGUUUGCUUUGUUGUUAUUUUUCAGCAGGACUCUGGGUCCCAGUUAUGAGAAGGUUCAUUGGCCUUUGUCCUCCCAGUAGCAAUGAAAGAACGCUUAUUGGCUCCCCCUUCUUUCGCCGAAGCUUAGCGAUCACGGAAUCCAGUUCAAAGAUUCCACACGCAAUUCUGGCAAGUUGAUGUAGGUGCCAUGCCUCUUGUGGAACAAAAUGUGACACUCAUUUUGGCAACGUGACAACACACAACCAUGCCCUUUGUGGCAAAGGUGCCAUUGGUGCUCCCAUAACUUGACCUAAUGAGCAGAACGAGAAGAAACAACAUCCUCAAAUAGCGUUGCAUCAAUUAACUGGCUUUUCAUUUACUAUGUGUUAAGAAGUUAUGAGAAGUUUUGCAUUGCUCAUUUAAAAUGAGCAGUGUGCCAAUCUAAAACCAGAACAAUGUGUCCCUGGAACUACAUCUUCCAUGUGUGAGGAUAGUGUGUUCUUUUGUUUUGCGGUAACGCAUUACAUAUAGCCCAGCUACAUUGAUUGCUUUGCAAUUUGUCCCUCUCUUGCCUGUUACAUAACAUUAGCCUUAAGUCUGGCUCAUGAAACUCAUUAUCCAGAUAAGGAAAUGUUUUUGUCUACCAAUUUGGGUUUUUCCUCUCAACAUUCUUAGAAUGUCCUAUAGACCCACCCUUUUAAUUUAUGCGGUGAGAGGUCUGCUUGAGUAAUCAGUCAUUAGCCAGGGAGAGAUGAUCACUCAUCGGGUAGGACACCAAGCCAAGAUGUGUUCCAGUUCCGAGCGCAUGGGUGUGACACGUGAAGAUGUGUGCAGACAGACUGGGGAACACAGCCUGGCCCGCUGCUCAGGUCACCUGAGAAAAGUUUGAGUCAAUCUUAGGACCCUGGCCUGCGUCAAUCCUAGGACUUCUGUUUUGCAGAUUUAGGUAGGUCGUCUUGCAGAUUUCAAACCUCAAAGGUCUUACUUAGUUUGUUUUGUUAUUUUCCUUUUAACUUUGGUGCCUAUUAUAUUUAGUAUUUCAUCACCUUAGGCAAGACAAAUUGUUUGACACAUUUUGUAUUAAAACAAUUUUUUUGUAAAGAACUCCAUACUCGUGGUCACGCCUUGACAAAUCGAGAGUUUUCAAGAGGCUUAUCUGUAAGUGUGUCAACGAGUAUCUGCGGUGAACCUGGGUCAGUUUUGCUGUACAGCUUUUGUAAUUUCUAGAGCGGGGUCCUGUGGCAGUGAACACUGCUGCCAAUGAGGCCCAGAUACCUCUACACGACUCAUAAUAAUAGAGCUCAUUCAUGGCCAGGCAGACAGUGGGCAGGAUCACCUGUGUCACAGUAAUUGACAAAUGUUUUAAUGGCAAAGUAUACGUAAUGUACAUGGCUAUUGUCAAGGUUUCAAUGCCAGUAAUUAGAGAUUUCGUUAAAACUCCAAUUAUAUGGCCGUAAUGCUCGCCAACUGCAGAGCUUGUUAAUUUAGAAUUGUUUGCCUGAGUUAUGCAGUACACGGUGGCUAAUUGAGUAAUUUGGAGCUGGUUCUCUUUUCGCCAACACUUUCGUCUAUCACAUGCCGCCAACAUUUAAUUCCUAGAAUUAAGAAGCUUGGAAACAGCAGUUCGAUGUCAUUGGUUGUCCAAACAGUUUCCAAGUGUGAACAGCUUGUGAUGUUUCUGUUGAAAAAAAAAAAGUUAAUCCUUAAAGGGAUAUUUCACCCAAAUUACAAAAUGACUGGUUUCCCUACCCUGUAAGCAGUCUAUGGACAAUGUAUGACAGCAAUCCAUGCUUUUGUUUAGUUUCCCUUAGCACUGUUUCCACAUGCUAAUGUUUUAGCAUUUGUGGCACAAAUCCCAUUCAAGUCAUGGGACCGAUAUGGGUGUUUUUCACACGUUAUGUCCAAAUCAUCUGACAGGAUCUAAAAUUGAUUGUGAAGCUUAACAAAGUCACUUAUAGAUAAUUUGAACAUGAUGUGAGAAAAAUGCUAAUAUCAGUCCCCGUGACUUGAAUGGGAUUUGUGCCACAAAUGCAACAAAAAAAAGCAUGGAUUGCUGUCAUGCCUUGUUCAUAGACAUAGGAAACCAAUAUGUAAUUUUGUAAUUUGGGUGAACUAUACCUUUUUAAAGAUGUGAAACCCUUGAGGAUACGGCAUGAAUCGAUUUGAUAGUGUACUUUUUAAAAUUUCAAAGUCACUGGGAUUAUAUUGCUCAAAGACUUGGUUUGAAGUUAUUUUAAGAUUUUGGCGUGAAAUUUUAAAACAUUCUAAUAUUGGGUAACUGGUUUCUGGUUAGGCCCUAGCACUAAACAGCUGAUUCAAAUAAUCAACUCAUCAAGCUUUGAUUAUUUGAAUCAGCUGUGUAGUGCAUGGCCAAAAACCAAAACGUGCACCCCUUGGGGUCCCCAGGACCGAGUUUGGGAAGCGCUGGCCUAGGUAAACAACGAAAGCAUAGAUUACUGUCUCUCCUUGUCCAUAGAAGGAAACAAAUACGUUUUUUUUCUAAUUUGGGUGAACUAUCCCUUUAGUACCUUUUAUUUGACUACUUUUACAUGGUAUUUAAAUGACAGAUGCAUUGUAAGUACAGUAUCGGUACAUAUUGUUAUAAAUUAUGCAAAAAGCAUGUUUAACUGCAGUAGCUAUGUAACAAUGUGUACAUCGAAUUUGUUUUAACACGAUGUUCCAAAUACCUGUAUCGCAAGAAUCAAGUAUUUUUUUCAACUUCUGUUUUUGAGUGUUUUGUCUUUUUGGUCUCGUCUCCUUCAUUCCUUCUGUACUGUGUGCACUGUGCACCUUCCCACUCGCACACAGACAACACGCCCCUCCCCCUGCCACUCACCACAACAAAGAAACUAAAGAUCACUUCUUCCUCUCUGACAACAAGCGGUUUCAACUUGGUAUUUGCAUUUGAGGUUUGGUCCGAUGUAAUCGGUCAUAUGGACACCGAAACACAUUGAGACAUUAUUUUACCCUAAUAGAGAACUUAACCUUUGUAACGAUACCCUUUUUAUGUCUCAACUCCCAAAAUGUUGAACAGAGCACAACCUACUAAGACGGGAGGAUCAACAAUGAACAUGAUUGGAAAAUGUAUGCUCACUUUCUAUUGUGCGGCAUUGCGGUACCAUGUACCACUAGUCUGUGUUUUAUAAAUGUGCAAUGAGCAUUAAAAAGAUGCAUUUGUAUAAGGAAUUCUGAGGAAUAAGCAUCUUCUUAUUCAGGUAGUUAGGCAACUUGAUUUCAACAUCUAAACAAAGUGAACAGGCUAUUCAAACAGUUGUAGAUGGACAGGAGGGUGUGUUCAUAACAGUUCAACUGUUCUACCAUAUUAGCAAGCAAAUAGAUCCAAGUUGGCUAGACUAUAAAUAUAAAGGUUAGCUGGCUUGUGCUUGAGAGAUUGUUAAUGGGACCUGUGUUAACGUUUUAUAACGCCUGCUACCGUAAGUUGGUCAUUAUCAGUGGAUGUGCGUUGUGCAUGAGUCUGGUUACAUUUGUAACAGCAAAAGGGCAUUUUCAUAGACUUGACAGCCAGAUCAGUGAUUAUUGCAAAAAAGCAGGUUAAACUAUUCUGAUCAAAUAAUAAAUAGUGUGAAGGCUUAUAUUUAGCCUAGGUAUAACUUUACAAGCCCUGAAUUCAUUAGAUUAUUCUCGACUGUUUGAAAUGCAGUGUAUUGACCUUUACAGUGCCUUCAGAAAGUAUUCACACUCCUUGACUUUUGCCUACACAAAAUAACCCAUAAUGUCAGUGGAAUUAUGUUUUUUGACAUUUUUACAAAUGAAUAAAAAAUUAUAAGCUGAAAUGUCUUGAGUCAAUAAGUAUUCAACCCCUUUGUUAUGGCAGGCCUAAAUAAGUUCAGGAGUAAAAAUGUGCUUAACAAGUCACAUAAGUUAUAUGGACCCACUCAGUGUGCAAUAAUAGUGUUUAACAUGAUUUUUUCAAUGACUACCUCAUCUCUGAACCCCACACAUACAAUUAUCUGUAAGGUCCCUCAGGCGAGCAGUGAAUUUCAAACACAGAUUCAACCACAAAGACCAGGGAGGUUUUUCCAAUGCCUUGCAAAGAAGGGCACCUAUUGGUAGAUGGGUAAAAAAUAAAUAAAGCAGACAUUGAAUAUCCCUUUUGAGCAUGUUGAAGUUAUUAAUUACACUUUGGAUGGUGUGUCAGUACACCCAGUCACUACUCAGUUGCCAGAGAUGAAGGAAACGGCUUAGGGAUUUCACCAUGAGGCCAAUGGUGACUUUAAAACAGUCACAGAGUAUAAUGGCUGUGAUAGGAUAAAACUGAGGAUAGGUCAACAGCAUUGUAGUUACUCCACAAUACUAACCUAAGAUUACAGAGUGAAAAGAAGGAAGCCUGUACAGAAUACAUAUAUUCCAAAACAUGCAUCCUGUUUGCAACAAGGCACUCAAGUAAUACUGCAAAAAAUGUGGCAAAGCCAUACACUUUUUGUCCUGAAUACAAAGUGUUAUGUUUGGGGCAAAUCCAAUACAGCACAUUUCUGAAUAACACUCUCCAUAUUUUCAAGCAUAUUGGUGGCUGCAUCAUGUAAUGGGUAUGCUUGUAAUCGUUGAGGACUGGGGAGUUUUUCAGUAAAAAAAGAAGCGGAAUGGAGCACAGGCAAAAUCCUAGAGGAAAACCUGGUUGUCUGCUUUCCACCAGACACUGGGAGAUGAAUUCACCUUUCAGCAGGACAAUAACUUAAAAUCACAAGGCCAAAUCUACACUGGAGUUGAUUACCAAGAAGACCAUGAAUGUUCCUGAGUGGCCGAGUUACAGUUUUGACUUAAAUCUUCUUGAACAUCUAUGGCAAGACCUGAAAAUAGUGGUCUAGCAUUGAUCAACAACCAAUUUGACAAGAGCUUGAAGAAUUUUGAAAAAGAAUAAUGGGCAAAUGUUGCACAAUCCAGGUGUGGAAAGCUCUUACUCAGAAAGACACCGCUGUAAUCGCUGCCAAGGGUGCUUCUACAAAGUAUUGACUCAGGGGUGUGAAUACUUUAUAGUAUGUAAAUGAGAUAUUUCUGUAUUUUAUUUUCAAUACAUUUGCAAACAUUUGUAAAACAAGUUUUCACUUUGUCAUUAUGGGGUAUUGUGAGAAACAAAAUCAAUGUAAUAAAUUUUGAAUUCAGGCUGUAGCACAACAAAAUGUGGAAUAAGUCAAGGGGUAUGAAUUCUUUCUGAAGGCACUGCAAUUGUGCAAUAAAGCUUAUUUAGAGGUUUUAAAAAUCGAGAUGUGAAUCGCCCAUAAGUUGGAAAAAAUGUGUAUAUUAUUUUUAGGCCAUAUCGCCCAGCCCUAACUCCCUGUAAUCCAUUUUUAGCGCACUAGAGUUGUUCUGAUUAUGAGGGGGGUCCCUGAUGAAUUUGCUAUCACAAAAGGGAACCCAUGUAUUACAUUGUACCUGCCUGUGUAAUAUGCAUGUUAAAAGGCAGGGCCACUUGGUAUGAAGUGAGAUCAAAAUAUAAAUGUAGAAAAUAUUAUAUUGUUUUGCACUGAUAAAUUGUUCCUCAGUUAUUAUGUUGGUUUUAUUUAUUUUAACAGAUUGUAAUAGAUGGAUUCUUUCCCAGACCUGGUAUGGAUUGCUCUUUAGCAAGCUCCAGUAACCCCGACAAAACAUUUAUCUUUGUGAAUGAUCGACCAGUCCACCAGAAGGAUAUCCUGAAGGUAAAAACGUUUUUUGUGUUAGUGAAAUGUACAUAUGUUGUUUGUUGUGGUUUAGGUAAAGAAAAUCAGCAGCCAAUGUAAUUGAGUUGUUCUAUAAACAAGAGCUUUUGAAGUUGCUUGGACAAAAUAUUUGUUCUCUUCCUGUAGUUGUACACUAGAGCUGGGACGAUAAACCAAACAUUAUCGACACGGACCAUACCGAUCACUUUUUGCUGAUUUUGUUCAUUAUAAUAAGUAGCCUAUACUAAAGAAAUAUAACCUUUGAAAUGAAAUAAGUUUUCUAAUAUGGGUGAUUGUUAAUGGGACAAUUGAUGGCUACAACCAUCAAACUAUUACUAGUAGUUUCAAGGAUAGUAAAACAAAAAGUUGUAUAAACGUAUCGUUCUAUUUAUCUUUAUCACAUCAUUUCAGGCACUUUAUUGCGAUAUGGAUUUUUGUCCAUAUCGUCCAGCUCUAAUAUUCACGUUACAUUCACCCUACAUUCACACAAGUCGUCCAAGGAAGUCAUAGACAACAUUCACUAUUAGAAAUGUGGUUAUUAGAAGCGCACCCAGUAGUAUUUUAUUUUAUUUAACCGAAGAUUAAAAAUACAUAUAAAGUCGCUCCAGCUGAAGACCGCAAUGCAUUCACAAUAUAACCCAAAGGCUUAUUUCCAUUGUGGUCCUCUAAAGUAUCACUUUGUCAUCAUAUAGGCCUGUCUAUUAUCCCCAAUGUAGCGCUCUGUCAUUGAUACUGUCACUUUAUGUAAAUGCUACAACACUGUCAAUGUGAAGCAUUGCUCAUAGUAUCACUGCAGUUCUGAUACCUUCUCUCUGCUUGACCAUCAGGUGGUCCGGCAGCACUACCUGGCUCAGUACCCGGCAGACUCUGCCCUCAAUCGCUAUCCCACUAUGAUGCUCAACAUCACUGUUCCCGCAUCCACUGUAGAUGUCAACCUGACGCCCGACAAGACCCAGAUUCUGCUCCAGAACAAGGUGCCGUUUUCCAUUAUUUUCUCUAUUUCCUCGUAGACAGGUUGAAAGAUUAGAGAACUAAGGGGAAACAGAAUAUAAUGGGGGGGGGGGGGGCAGCUGCAGAACCAGUUACUUUUGGCUUUCAGACUGAUUCAACUGCAAAUAUGCAAUGCGAGAUCCAUUUAGCAAAUUCACGAUUUCCUUACGUGUAGAAUCCAUGUACUUGCUUUGGCUAGUAACCGUUACAGUCUCGUUACUUUUUAACUUCUCUUAAAUGUAACUCCUCAAAACCACUUGAUUGAUUUUCUUUUAUAAAAAUAGAAAGUGCUGACAGUAAACCGUAAGUUGCCAAUCACUUCUGUAGCCACCACCAUUUGAAAUAGGAGGAGCUGACAAGUGCAGUAAUUAACCACAGACACUAAAUUAACAGUUAUGCACAGCCACUUCCUGUUAAACAGAAAGGGAAAAGUGAACAGCAUGGGCAUUAGUGUGUGGUGUUAUUUCUCACUGAGACUUUGACUCUCAGGUGGCUGUGCUGGCUGCAGUGGAGAUGCUGUUGGUUUCCCUCUAUGGCCCUGGGUUGGGGUCUGCCACUGAGGCUCCACCAGUCACUGGAGAAUAUGAUGGAGGCAGCGGCCUGCAUGCUGGCCCAUCACUGGGCGACUGUAGGGGAAACGCUGAUGCAGAGGACAGUCUUGAGGAGCACAGUGUCAGAGUGGCCAAAGCUCCAUCUGACUGCAGUGAUGGCCCUCCAUCCAGGGUAGUGGCUGGUGACCAGACAGCAAACACUAGCUCCUCCUCUUCCUCUGAAGACUGGAUAGUCAACCUAAAUCCAGGGGACUUUGACCUGACAUUUCCACUAUUGGAAGAUUACAUGGCUUCAACCUGCACCGGGACAACAAAUCCAGGCCCGGCCAAAGGCCUGGAGAGGCUCAACAACCACGACAAAGGUCCUGACAAAGGCAAAGACGUCGAGCAGUUAUCAGCAGUAAGUUGGAGCCGAGGCACGGCUCUGACGGACCCCUCCACAGGAGAGCCGUUGCAGCCCGUCAAGGUCCAUCUGCCCACCGGAUGCAGCAGUGACCUUGGCCAGGUCAAGGCCAAGGGUCAGAGCAGCCCUGGCAAAAAGGUGUCCAACGCUAUAACGGAGAAACAGGCGGCGCUGACGGCCUACGACUUGAUCAAUAACCGUGCCAUGAAGACCCCCCUGUCGCCUGCCUCCCUGUUUGAGAGGGAGACCCGGGCAGAGGUUCUCCAGGAGAAGCCCACAGCCAGCCUCCAGGACAUCACCACUGCUGUGCAGGAGAGAUGGAAAAACCUGGGGGAGGAGGACCGAAAGAAGUGGGUUUCCAGACUUCACCUUCGAAGCAGUUGUUUCCAUUUAUUAUUAUUAGCAAGGCAAAAAAAUAGGUUGACCUGUCACUUGCAUGUGUAAAAUAUGGCCCAGGAAAUUUUGCUUGGCAUAUUCAUGUUGCUACCCAGACAGAGAAUUGUUGAGAUGAGCUAUGUUUAUUUUCCAGACAACUGAAUCUGAUUACUAGGUUACAUGGUCAAUAUUUUCGACUGUAAAACAGGUAUUCUGUAUGCUGAAAUAACUCCCCUUUUUCCAAAGUAUGCCAUGCAUCUUAGGCACUCAAAAGUAUUUUGCUAGUGCUAGUCAGACGCUUAAUACAUUUAACUUAAUAUUCUGUAUGUGGACACGCACUAACCCUCUCCUCUGUCUCGCCCGUCUGGUGCGGCUUGUUCCUAAUCAAGACGUUGUCAGGAAGAUCUUAAUCAGCAAGUGCAUAAGAUGGGCCACGUUUCAGAUGGAUCAAAAAUGUCUUGAUAUAUAAAUUAUUAAGGUGUUCUAGUAUUUCGUUUUGUUGCGGUUUCGACAAAUAAUAAGAUGUAGGUGAAAGAAACUUAUGAUAUACACUGAGUAUACAAAACAUUAAGAACACCUGCUCUUUCCAUGACAUAGACUGACCAGGUGAAAGCGUUGAUCCCUUAUUGAUGUCACUUGUUAAAUCCAUUUCAAUCAGUGUAGAUGAAGGGGAGGCGACAGGUUAAAGAAGGACUUUUAAGUCUUUAGAGAAUUGAGACAUGGAUUGUGUAUGUGUGCCACUCCGAGGGUGAAUGGGCAAGAACAUAUUUAAGUGCCUUUGAACAGGGUAUGGUAGUAGGUGCUAGGCACACCAGUUUGUCAAGAACUGCAACACUGCUGGGUUUUUCACACUCAACAGUUUCCCGUGUGUAUCAAGAAUGGUCCACCACCCAAAGGACAUCCAGCCAACUUGACACAACUGUGGGAAGCAUUGGAGUCCACAUGGGCCAGCGUCCCUGUGGAACGCUUUCGACACCUUGUAGAGUCCAUGCCCCGAUGAAUCGAGGCUGUUCUGAGGGCAAAAGGGUGGGGUUCAACUCAAUAUUAGGAAGGUGUUCCUAAUGUUUGGUGUAUGAAUAUAAUUUUUGAAAAUGUAAUAGAACAUUUUGGUAGCACUAUAUAAUAACUCCACGUAAUAAAGCAUUUAUAAUGGAUUAGUAAAUAGUUUAUUAAUUUACUAAUCAUUACUCCAUUCAUACAAUGGUUAAUAUGGGUCCUUAUAAACCAUUUACUAAUCAUUAGUUAAUUAUUUUUGCGUGGCCUCUACAGUGUUGGCUAUUUAUGCUUUAUAAAUACUUUAUAAAGCUGAUGCUCCUUAAGUUCUCAAAAUAGCCUAGAACAUAACCAAUGGUAAAAGAAUAAGCACACAACACAGGAUGUUGAAGGAAAUAUAUCAACCAUUUUAUUCACAAAAAUUGUUGUGAAACAACUGUUGCGCGGACUUGAGGAAGAGUUGUAAUGUACAUGCUUUGCUAAUGUCAACCGUGCGAAUGCUAAUUAAUCAUAAAACGGGGAGAUGUAGUUUACAACUAGUGGACUUUUAUUCCUUCAUUACUGAUAUGCGAUCGACGUAGACAUGUUACAUGUAAACUACAUGACCAAAAGUAUGUGGACACAUGUUUGUCGAACAUCGCAUUCCAAAAUCAUGGGCAUUUAAUAUGGAGUUGGUCCCCCCUUUGCUGCUAUAGUAUAUUUGUUUACAUAGCCAGCUAGCAAGUAGCUUGUUCUGUCCUGUUUCUACCGAUGUAAUUCAUUUAGAAACUGGCCCAGCUUCAUAACUAAUCAGCUAACAUUGGCGAACUCUGUAGUUAGUCUGUCAGGCAAGAAAGCAAGAGUUGAUUGGAGGAGACUGAGUUUGUAUGUGUGGGAAUGGGAGGCGUGUAUCACACCUUUUUAUAAGGAGAAAAAGAAAGAGGAAGGAAGAGAGAGACAGUGUGAGAGAGAGGGAUUAUGUUCCUGACCACAAUUGCAUCCUAUUUGUUGCUCCUCUCCUCUCCCUCUGUUCCUUUAGGGCAGUGAAAGAGAAGGAAGUGAUGUGGAGAGUCAGGGCUCAGCAGCAAAAGGCAGGGAGGAAGAGUUAGAGAUGAUUGGCGGGAGAGAAAUGUGGACGGAGAGGAACAUGGAGGGAGAGGAGGAAGCAGAGGGAGGGGAAGGAGAGCACACCUGAGAGGGGAGCCUAUGUUUUCAUGGGAUGUGUCUGCCCCAAGUCCCACCAUUCACCCUUGUACCACACAGCCUGGGCCUGAAGUGACAGUAGUAGGAGUUUUGGAGGGAUUUUUAAGUGGUAGGAUCUGUUCCAGAGCUUGUAAUGGAUUAUAACAAGAAAAUGGGCGGGGUUGACCAUCUUGACCAACUGAGGAGCUAAUGUUGGACGCACAGGCAGAAAAUGGUGGAAGUAUGUGUUUUGGGGGACGCUCAACAUUGCCAUCAUAAAUGUGUACAUUGUGUGGGGGACCCUGCAAUGGCCCCUUCCCAGAAACUGCAGGUGCUGGUCCCUGAAGGUAUUCAAAAUGCAGCUUGUGCAUUCACUUUGUGAUACGGCUACAGUGGCAGGAAGAGGGGAGAGUGUGGCACCAGGGCGUGUGGACCGAGUUGUAACCUAUUUGAAAGCUGUUGAAGUUUGAAGGGCGCAAGAGAGGGUGUGUGUUGUGCAUCCUGAGUGGACGCAGGGCAAAGAGUGGGAGAGGUAUAGAAACCUCCUUUGGGAGCUCUACGUGUUCUGUGUCACUUUGCAGGAUGGGCCAUGCUUCCAGAAGUUCCAUGACAUGUUGUAGGUUAUAUGCAAAUGCUAAAGUGACAGUGUGAAAUAUGAAUUGUUCUACAAAUCUUUAAUAUGGAGUUGGUCCCCGCUUUGCUGCUACAACAGCCUCCACUCUUCUGGGAAGGCUUUCCACUAGCUGUUGGAACAUUGCUGCGAGGACUUGCUUCCAUUCAGUCACGAGCAUUAGUGAAGUCGGGCGCUGAUGUUGGGCGAUUAGGCCUGGCUUGCAGUCGGCGUUCCAAUUCAUCCCAAAAGUGUUCGAUUGGGUUGAGGUCAGGGUUCUGUGCAGGCUAGUCAAGUUCUUCUACACUAAUCUCGACAAAUGUAUGUAUGGUCCUCGCUUUGUGCACAGGGGCAUUGUCAUGCUGAAAUAGGAAAGAGCCUUCCCCAAACUGUUGCUACAAAGUUGGAAGCACAGAAUCAUCUAGAAUAUCGUUGUAUGCUGUAGCAUUAAGAUUUCCCUUCAUUGGAACUAAGGGGCCUAGCCCGAACCAUGAAAAACCCCAGACCAUUAUUCCUCCUCUACCAAACUUUACAGUUGCACUAUGCAUUGGGGCAGGUAGCGUUCUCCUGGCAUCCGCCAAAUCCAGAUUUGUCCGUUGGACUGCCAAAUGGGGAACACGUUUCCACUGCUCCAGAGUCCAAUGGCGGCGAGCUUUACACCACUCCAGCCGACACUUGGUAUUGCGCAUGGAGAUCUUGUUUACAUACACCUUAGCCAAAUACAUUUAAACUCAGUUUUUCACAAUUCCUGACAUUCAAUCCUAGUAAAAAUGUCCUGUCUUAGGUCAGUUUAGAUCACCACUUUAUUUUAAGAAUGUGAAAUGUCAGAAUAAUAGUAGAGAGAGUUAUUUAUUUCAGCUUUUAUUUAUUUCAUCACAUUCCCAGUGGGUCAGAAGUUUACAUACAUUCAAUUAGUAUUUGGUAGCAUUUCCAUUAAAUUGUUUAACUUGGGUCAAACAUUUCGGGUAGCCUUCCACAAGCUUCCCACAAUAAGUUGGGUGAAUUUUUGGCCAUUCCUCCUGACAGAGCUGGUGUAACUGAGUCAGGUUUGUAGGCCUCCUUGCUUGCAUACGCUUUCUCAGUUCUGCCCACAAAUUUUCUAUAGGAUUGAUGUCAGGGCUUUGUGAUGGCCACUCCAAUACCUUGACUUUGUUGUCCUUAAGCCAUUUUGCCACAACUUUGGAAGUGUGCUUGGGGUCAUUGUCCAUUUGGAAGACCCAUUUGCGACCAAGCUUUAACUUCCUGACUGAUGUCUUGAGAUGUCGCUUCAAUAUAUCCACGUAAUUUUCCUUCCUCAUGAUGACAUCUACAUGAUGCUGCCACCCCCGUCCUUCACGGUUGGGAUGGUGUUCUUCGGCUUGCAAGCAACCCCCUUUUUCCUCCAAACAUAACGAUGGUCAUUAUGGCCAAACAGUUAUAUUUUUGUUUCAUCAGACCAGAGGACAUUUCUCCAAAAAGUACGAUCUUUGUCCCCAUGUGCAGUUGCAAACCGUAGUCUGGCUUUUUUAUGGUGGUUUUGGAGCAGUGGCUUCUUCCUUGCUGAGCGGCCUUUCAGGUUAUGUCAAUAUAGGACUCGUUUUACUGUGGAUAUACAGUGAGGGAAAAAAGUAUUUGAUCCCCUGCUGAUUUUGUAUGUUUGCCCGCUGACAAAGACAUGAUCAGUCUAUAAUUUUAAUGGUAGGUUUAUUUGAACAGUGAGAGACAGAAUAACAACAAAAAAAUCCAGAAAAACACAUGUCAAAAAUGUUAUAAAUUGAUUAGCAUUUUAAUGAGGGAAAUAAGUAUUUCACCCCUCUGCAAAACAUUACUUAGUACUUGGUGGCAAAACCCUUGUUGGCAAUCACAUAGGUCAGACGUUUCUUGUAGUUGGCCACCAGGUUUGCACACAUCUCAGGUGGGAUUUUGUUCCACUCCUCUUUGCAGAUCUUCUCCAAGUCAUUAAGGUUUCGAGGCUGACGUUUGGCCACUCCAGGACCUUAAUGUGCUUCUUCUUGAGCCACUCCUUUGUUGCCUUGGCCGUGUGUUUUGGGUCAUUGUCAUGCUGGAAUACCCAUCCACGACCCAUUUUCAAUGCCCUGGCUGAGGGAAGGAGGUUCUCACCCAAGAUUUGAUGGUACAUGGUCCCGUCCAUCGUCCCGUUGAGGCAGUGAAGUUGUCCUGUCCCCUUAGCAGAAAAACACCCCCAAAGCAUAAUGUUUCCACCUCCAUGUUUGACGGUGGGGAUGGUGUUCUUGGGGUCAUAGGCAGCAUUCCUCCUCCUCCAAACAAGGCGAGUUGAGUUGAUGCCAAAGAGCUAAAUUUUGGUCUCAUCUGACCACAACAUUUUCACCCAGUUCUCCUCUGAAUCAUUCAGAUGUUCAUUGGCAAACUUCAGACGGCCCUGUAUAUGUGCUUUCUUGAGCAGUGGGACCUUGCGGGCGCUGCAGGAUUUCAGUCCUUCACGGCGUAGUCUGUUACCAAUUGUUUUCUUGGCGACUAUGGUCCCAGCUGCCUUGAGAUCAUUGACAAGAUCCUCCUGUGUAGUUCUGGGCUGAUUACUCACCGUUCUCAUGAUCAUUGCAACUCCACGAGGUGAGAUCUUGCAUGGAGCCCCAGGCAGAGGGAGAUUGACAGUUAUUUUGUGUUUCUUCCAUUUGCGAAUAAUCGCACCAACUGUUGUCACCUUCUCACCAAGCUGCUUGGCGAUGGUCUUGUAGCCCAUUCCAGCCUUGUGUAGGUCUACAAUCUUGUACCUGACAUCCUUGGAGAGCUCUUUGGUAUUGGCCAUGGUGGAGAGUUUGGAAUCUGAUUGAUUGAUUGCUUCUGUGGACAGGUGUCUUUUAUACAGGUAACAAGAUGAGAUUAAGAGCACUCUCUUUAAGAGUGUGCUCCUAAUCUCAGCUCGUUACCUGUAUAAAAGACACCUGGGACCCUCUCAAUCUGAUUGAGAGGGGGUCAAAUACUUAUUUCCCUCAUUAAAAUGCAAAUCAAUUUAUAACAUUUUUGACAUGCGUUUUUCUGGAUUUUGUUGUUGUUAUUCUGUCUCUCACUGUUCAAAUAAACCUACCAUUAAAAUUAUAGACUGAUAAUUUUUUGGUCAGUGGGCAAACGUACAAAAUCAGCAGGGGAUCAAAUACUUUUUUCCCUCACUGUAGAUACUUUUGUACCUGUUUCCUCCAGCAUCUUCACAAGGUCCUUUGCUGUUGUUCUGGGAUUGAUUUGCACUUUCCGCACCAAAGUACGUUCAUCUCUAGGAGACAGAAAACGUCUCCUUCCUGAGUGGUAUGACGGCAGCGUGGUCCCAUGGUGUUUAUACUUGCGUACUAUUGUUUGUACAGAUGAACGUGGUACCUUCAGGCGUUUGGAAAUUGCUCCCAAGGAUGAACCGGAUCUGUUUGAGAAACAGGCGCUUCACAGUUUCUGGGCUCCCGAGUAGCGCAGCGUUCUAAGGCACUCAGUACUUGAGGCGUCACUACAGACCCCCUGGUUCGAUUCCAGGCUGUGCCACAACCGGCCGUGAUUGGGAGUCCCAUAGGGCGGUGCACAAUUGGCCCAGUGUUGUCCGGGUUUGGCCGGUGUAGGCCGUCAUUGUAAAUAAGAAUUUGUUCUUAACUGACUUGCCUAGUUAAAUAAAGGUAAAAUAAAACAGGUCCUCAACUGGCAGCUUCAUUAAAUAGUACCCGCAAAACACCAGUCUCAACGUCAACAGUGAAAAGGCGACUCCGGGAUGCUGACCUUCUAGGCAGAGUUGCAAAGAAAAAGCCAUAUCUCAGACUGGCCAAUAAAAAGAAAAGAUGGGCAGUCUGAGAUAUGGCUUUUUCUUUGCAACUCUGCCUAGAAGGUCAGCAUCCCGGAGUCGCCUCUUCACCGUUGACGUUGAGACUGGUGUUUUGUGGGUACUAUUUAAUAAAGCUGCCAGUUGAGGACCUGUGAGGCAUCUGUUUCUCAAACUAGACACUAAUGUAUUCGUCCUCUUGUUCAGUUGUGCACUGGGGCCUCCCAUUCCUCUUUCUAUUCUGGUUAGAGCCAGUUUGCGCUGUUCUGUGAAGGGUGUAGUACACAGUGUUGUAUGAGAUCUUAAGUUUCUUGGCAAUUUCUCGCAUGGAAUAGCCUUAAUUUCCCAGAACAAGAAUAGACUGACGAGUUUCAGAAGAAAGUUAUUUGUUUCUGGCCAUUUUGAGCCUGUAAUCGAACCAACAAUUGCUGAUGCUCCAGGUACUCAACUAGUCUCAAGAAGGCCAGUUUUAUUGCUUCUUUAAUCAGCACAACAGUUUUCAGCUUUGCUAACAUAAUUGCAAAAGGGUUUUCUAAUGAUCAAUUAGCCUUUUUAAAAUGAUAAACUUGGAUUAGCAAACACAAUGUGCCAUUGGAACACGACUGAUGGUUGCUGAUAAUGGGCCUCUUUACACCUAUGUAGAUAUUCCAUAAAAAAUCAGCCGUUUCCAGCUACAAUAGCCAUUUACAACAUUAACAAUGUCCACUGUAUUUCUGAUCAGUAGUCUUUCGAAAACAAGGACAUUUCUAAGUGACCCCAAACUUUUGAACGGUAGUGUGUAUUUAUUUAUUUAUUUAUAUAUAUAUAUAUAUAGAUAUAUAUAUAUAUAUAUAUAUAUAUAUAUAUAUAUAUAUAUAUAUAUAUAUAUAUAUAUAUAUAUAUAUAUAUAUAUAUAUAUAUAUAUAUAUAUAUAUAUAUAUAUAUAUAUAUAUAUAUACAGGUCUGUGAGAGCCGGAAUUCUUACUGGUUGGUAGGUGAUCAAAUACUUAUGUCAUGCAAUAAAAUGCAAAUUAAUGACUUAAAAAUCAUACAAUGUGAUUUUCUGGAUUUUUGUUUUAGAUUCCGUCUCUCACAAUUGAAGUGUACCUAUGAUAAAAAUUAUACAGAUCUCUACAUGCUUUGUAAGUAGGAAAACCUGCAAAAUCGGCAGUGUAUCAAAUACUUGUUCUCCCCACUAUAUAUAUAUAUAUAUAUAUAUAUAUAUAUAUAGUGUAUGAUUUGUAGGUAGAAAUGUUACAUGUAUAACCUUUUAUUCCUUCAAGUGCUUCAGUCUUUUAACUGCAGACUUUGGCUGAGAGCUUCCUUUUGCGAGGGCAAACCGGAACUCCCCAUUUCUAACACAUAUGGACCCAGAACUUAAUCACGCAUUUGACCAAAUUACGCAAGAUUUUAGUUCUUGGUUAACUGAGAUUAGACCGCUCUAAGGAGUGACUGCAAUCCACACUUUAGUUUUGGUAGAAAAGUCACUGCCAAGAAACGCUUAUGUUAGUAUUUAUAAAGUAUAAAUAGCCCACACUUUAGAUGAGGCCACACAAGAAAAACUUUACUAAUGAUUAGUAAAUGGUUUAUAAGGAACAAUAUUAAACAUCUUAUGAAUGAUCUUAUGAAUCAUUAUUAAAUACUUUAAAAGUUGUUUAUACAUUUGUGAAUAACUAGUUUAAUAAUGUUUACAAAUGAGUAAUGAUUAAUCAUUUAUGAAUAAACUAUUUACGAAUUAAUUAUAAAUGCUUUAUUACGUGGAGUUAUUAUAAAGUCCUACCAAUAUUUUGAGAACAUUUGAAACUUUGAGAAAUUACACAAAUGUUGCAAAUCUUACAUUUUGUGACCUUGGUUGAAUUGCCUUUCCACAGCUGAGAGGACAUGAUUUUUGGCAGUAUCUGUAUAUCACAGCACACUGUAAUAGGGUCUGCGUGACUCAUGAUUCAGCACGAGGUAACUUACCUUUGUGCUUUCCUAACAGUGUAGAAUUGUUUUAAUCGGACGUACCAAAGAUGAGCAAUGCAUGUCGUACUGCCAUUCUUUGGACUUCUAACAACAUCCAGAUACGCGUUCACAGGCCAGUAAAGCCAAUCAAAUAUGGCAUUAUCUUCUGAUCUCAAUCCACUGAGACUGAACAACUCAACCAGCAUCACGGAAUAACAUCAUUACCCUCUACUGAAAGCACUCCACCCAAUUAUCGUAGAUUACUGCAUACCAAUUUAAAGUAAUUGAAAGGACAGAAAAUGUGUAUCAGCAUUAGCCUACGUGUGGAACCUAUGUAAGGGAUGGACGAGUGUAUGGAAAAAGACAUCUGUUUAGAAUCAUGUUAGUGCUGUCUUAAACAUGAAAUAAGAUGAGGCAAAUAUUUGUCUCCUUUCGACGCCGCUGUUAAGUGGCAAGCCACUUCUAGGAAUCGUUAUCCCUCUCACAUGUACUCUAGUAACACAGGUCAGUUGCAUGUGUGGAUGCAGUGCCAUAAACCCAUAGGAUUAUUUACAUGGAACCGUAUGGGAGUGCAAGUUAGAAGACCCCCCCCCUGGCUGUCUUCCAGCUGACAUGUAUAGAACUGGUCCGCCUCCAGAAUCCCUGUGCAAGUGACCUCUUAUUGCACGCACUAUAUACUUUUGAUCCUCUCUUAUGAAGGCUCUAAAUGCAAACAUUGCAUUACCUAAUAAUGCAGUAGCUUGAAACAUUGAGGAGAGCAUGGUCCACUGUAGCUUGUCUCAGUGGACACUGCAGCUUCUGAGUUUUUUUGGGGGGAUCUCUCUCUUAUUUCCCAUGUGUGGACUGCACAUCCAACACCCUGCUGGAAUCUGAAAACACACACUUUAUCCAGGGAGACUUAAAUUGCCUUACCGCCUUACACAGGCUUUACAUUGCUCUUGCGUAGGUGGACCUUUGUCUUAAGGCUGUACUGUUUGGACUUCCAGGUGGUACGGCGUUGGGAGAAGGCGAUUUACAGUAUAGAUAGACACUUUUAUAUAGCGAAGCUGACAAUAUUACUCCAGGAUUUCGGGAGUACCCCACAUUUUUCUUUGUCCCCUGAGCUCCCCACAAAUGCUGUUUUGGAGCCAUUCACAUCAGAAUACUGGCAUCGCUCCUGCACUUCACAACUUAGCGUAAGUGAGUUUACAAACAUUAAAGGGAUAGUUCACUUUUAUAUGACCGUUUCAGCUUAUUUUUAAUAUACUUUCCCAGAAACGUAGACGUGUACCUCUGACAACAUUGAUUUGCGCAUUCUGAAUUAGGUCCAAUUCCUUUUUAAUUUUGCCACAGUUGUGCGUCACCCUGGACUGCUGUUUCCUGUUUCACUUGCGACUGUUUCCUUUGCAUUUAGGAAAUUUAAACUGGGGGCAUUUCAGGGCAUAAACGACGGGAUGGGUUUCUUUAUUUGCCGAAAUCCAUACAUUAACACAACUUGUGAAAGGAAGUGCCAAACAGAUGCCAUACAUAAUCCAGAGAAAGAUGUGUGUUUUUGUGAAUGAAUGGGGUUUAUGGAGCUAAACUCUGUUAUUUUAGUGGAUUAAACCAAUGUUUGAUCAUACUGGGAUACAAGCAGUAGCUAUUGCUUUCAAGCAUGUUAUAGUACUUUUGCCCUAACCCCUAGCCUUGAGGUGACUCAAAAAGCUUCUGUAUUUACAGCAGCUAGAAAACCUCAACACACUGCCACUGAUGUUAAUUGGCAGGAAUGUGGAACAAUUCUAAGUGGAAGGUCAAGACUGGAUAUUUUAACAGUCCUCCACUUCCGUUUUGAGUGAUUCACCUCCCACCCCCAUCUGGCUACUAGUGGCAGAUGUUUUUUAUCUUGACGGUUUUAGCACAUGUUCUACGCUAUGAUUUACUGUAUGUCACUUAGAUUCACUAGAGUAAAUUGAAUCAAGAUUCCAUAUGUGAAUUUAGGAUAUUUAAUUGGUCACAACUGGUGACCCCUUCAAUAAACCUAUUUCCAUCAUGCCCGUAGAGUAAUUGGUUCUGAAUUGAUAAAUUAGAAGGGCUUAUUCUAAAAGAUUAGGGCUUUACGACAAAUAAUAAGCUGAGUUUGCAAACUGAUAUACACUGUGUAAUUACGUGAUAAUGCCCGAGAAGCUGGUGUUUGGAGGAUAUAUUGGCAUAGGUGUUGUUCGGGCCGAGACGAAGUCGAGGGCCAGCAAACCGUGCCAAUAUGUGACCGACCGGCUCGAUUCGGUCUUAUGUAGCAACAUUUUUUAUUGUGUUUUUUACAUUGGAUGAAAGUAGAGACUCGGAGCUAGAAAAUUGUAUAUCAUACACUACAGUUGCGGAACAAUGGGAAAGUAAUUCUGCUUUGAAAGUUGAUAAACUUGUAACCUCACUUUUGAGAAAAUGAACCUUGAAGGUUUUGAUAAACCUACUGGAGAGCUCUUCUUUGUCUAAACCCAUUCAGCAUCGUUCACACCCUCUUAAGCCUUAGCCCCACCCAUCUCUUUAAGGAUUCACAUCUGGGUACUAAACAACCUACCAUUUCAAGACUAAAGGCUGGUUUAUACUACGGGCGUGUUUGUAAAUUCAAUCUGGAGUGCCAGAGUGCACUCCGAGCAUUGUCAGUUCGUAAAUUCAGAGCGUUUUGCUCUCGGAGCGUUCAGAGCGCACGCUGGAUGCUCUGGCUGAGGAGUAGGGUUGAUCCGAGCGUUCUGACCUAACAACAGCAGUCAAGCACCCAAACUAACUGGCUAACGUUGGCUAGCUUGCUAGCUACUUCCAGACUCAAAUGAGAGAACAGCUCACUGACCAUUUUACUCGCCCUAUCAGAGCUGGUUAGGCUGUUUUUGUUAUCCAGAGCGUUGGUAACUGUGCUGCGGGCAACAAUUUAAUGACGCAUUUUUGCCAACAUUUACUGACACCGGCCAUAUUCAACGGGUGUUGAGCGUUCGUAAAUUCGUCAGUUAUUCCGCGAAUUUACAAGCCACGUCUAUCGACAGCUGUCACAAUGACAUCAUGAACAUUCUAUUGAAAUGGUUACUUGCAUAGUGGAGUCUUUUGUUUAGACAUGUAACUAGCUAGCUAAACAAUGAACCAUAAUCCCAACUCAUAACGUUACUACCCUGCAUGAAUCUGCAAGUAGCUAACCAACCAGGUUCAAUGUUGGCUAGGUAGCUAACAUUAGGCUAUAACUAGCAAUGCAAAUGGCUCUGAGAUAUGAAUAAUAUUACUAUACAGAUCAUACACGUAACUUUAGCUAGCGAGCCAGCCAGCUAACGUUAGCUAGAUAGCUAACAGUACGCUUUAACUUGAAAUGAAAACUAUUUUCUGACAAAAUUAGAAACGUGUAAUAUCUGAAAAUUUAGCUAGCUAGACUAUCUUACCCAAUGGACGCUUCUACCUCUCUGCCAUGGUUGCCCUUAGUUUGAAGAUGUAAUCCGGAGACGGGUGUUUUAUACAAUAGCCUUCUGUGUGUUCUCUUUUCGACUCUCUCUGCAUAUUUGCAAUCAAACGCCAGAAUUUUCUCCAUCUCCUUAGCUAUCAUACUUUAAUUCCACUGGGCAUUCCACUGAUUUCAAAACUUGGUCCUCCAGAAAGUGGAGAGCAACACUUUUGCAGUUCUACUAUGUGAUAUCUUUCAAAAAAGUCGCAUUAGAAAGAAUUACCUACACAUACUGACCAGCUCAUGUUAUAGACCAGGGGUGUCAAACUCAUUUUAGCUCAGGGGCAACAUGGAGGAAAAUCUAUUCCCAAGUGGGCCGGACCGGAAAAAUCAUGGUAUAUAUAACUUAAAAACAACAACUUCAGAUUGUUUUCUUUGUUUUAAUACGAUCAACAUACAACAUAAAGCUGGAGCCUGAGGACAGUGUGUCCAAAAUAGUACAAGCACAACAUCACUAUUAAUCAUAAAACAUGUCAAGUUUAUUUGAAAAUUCUAAAGAAAAAGAACACACAAACACACAAUGCCUCAGUGAUUAACAGAACUGUUUCACAGAUCACAGAACUAUAUCAGGGUGUCAUUUCUCAGGCAGAAAUGUAGAUAAAAAUAAUGAAAUCCUGUUCCCCAAACAAGUGCAAGAACCACAGAGUCAAGAAUAGGUUAAAUAUACAAAUAAAAUAAAAUCAAUUAAAAACAAUAGCACAACAUCACUAUUAAUCAUAAAACACCUCAAGUUAUUUGAAAGUUCUGAGGACAAAGAACACACAAACACACAAUGCCUCAGUGAUUCACAGAAGUAUAUCACAGAUCACAGAACUAUAUCAGGGUGUCAUUUCUCAGGCAGAAAUGUAGAUAAAAAUAAUGAAAUCCUGUUCCCCAAACAAGUGCAAGAACCACAGAGUCAAGAAUAGGUUAAAUAUACAAAUAAAAUAAAAUCAAUUAAAAACAAUAGCACAUCAACAUAAAAACAUAUAAACAUAAAUCUGAAAGCGUUGCUCAAACUCCCGUAACAGUCCCGUUAUUUUAUCUUUGAACCGCUUCAUGUCUGCCACAUGUUGGGUCGCGCACACAUUUUUCAGACAGGGGAAGUGAGCUGCAUCACCACCGGCAAGUUGCGUCUCCCACAAUGACAGCUUCAACUUGAAAGAACGUAUGCUGUCAUAAUACUGCGUGACAACUUUGUUGCGCCCUUGCAGCUGUUUGUUCAAGUUCUAUAUCGUGGAGCUCCGCCCCAUAGGGGAGCUCUGCUCCUAAUGGUUUACCCUCUGCCCUAAGGCAGCAGCAGCCUGAGACAAAAUUAUGCACACACCUACAGCCAAUAGGAGUACAGGUGUCCCUAUAAGAGGGGGUGCCUCCCCUCAAUCAGCCUCCCUUUUUCUUCAGCGACUGGAUGACUAGACUGAAGAGCCAAGAAGAGACGAAGCACGAAGACUCAGGACGAAAACGCCGUUGAUAUUCCAGUCAUCAACGUUGUCUAAAUGAGCACACCGGGAAAAUUUCCACCCCCAAAAGCUCUUUUCAGAGCUCAGUGCAGAUGCACUUCCAUGGCGGCCGGUGACCACCACGACUUAUGUUUCGUGUGUUUGGGAUCCCAGCAUGCCAAGGAAGGCGUCUGCAGUCCCCCGAAUUGCGCCUCUUGCGCCCUCCUUUCUUUAAAGGAGAGGAAGCAGCGUUGGGCGUUUUUCAGGGAGGACAUCCCCCUUGAGGAUGUGUUGUCGAUACUAGCCUCUGCUUCAGAGGCGUCGUCCGACGGCGCAGACUCGGGGGAAGAUGGGGAUUUUGAGGAAGGGUCUGGCAUUCCAAUGGAACAGUCGGACCCCGUCCCUCAUACUUUCAAGCCCCCCUUUCCUUUGGAGAGCGAGAGGGCUUGUAGUCCCUAUAGCGACGGGGAUACGAGCUCUGAGAGAUCAGAAGCUCUCUCUUUCGCUGCAGCCUCUCUGAGAGCGGAUUUUCCGGGUCUCAUUGAGAGAGCUGCUCAACGGCUGGCAAUAGAGCUGCCCCCUCUUCCCUCCGCACCGGAGGUUGAUAUGAUGGAGGGCGGUCCUUAUUCCAGGCCAAGGAAGGCGGCAGAGCCAGUGGCUCCUGCCAUGCCUUCUUUGGCUAGGUACAUUGGAGGCUCGUGGGAGGCACCUUUAGCGGCGCGUUCGCCUGUAAAAGCGUAUCUCCCAUUCACGAGAGUGGAAGGAAGGCUUCAGGGUCAGGGAAUCCCCAGGUUAGAGAGCGCCAUGGCGGCGUAUCUCGUACCGGGUUCGAGCCCUUGGCCCUCUUCCAAGAAGGCCACGUUGCCAUCCCAGAAGGACCGACUCACAGCGUCGCUGUUAGAGAAGUCUUUUGGGUUGGGAGCCCAAGCUGUAGCAGCAGCUAACAACAUUGCCCUCUUGGCAGCCUCUCUGUCCCGUUUAACCACGGGUAAGACAGAGAUGGCACCGGAGGAGGUGGAGGAGGCGUCCAGAAUUUCUGGCGCCAUACUCCACCUUACACAGGCGUCCGCAGUCUGCGCGGGGAGAUCCAUGGCCACUUCGGUGGUCGGGGAACGACACCUCUGGUUGUCUUUGACUUCCAUGAAAGAGGCAGACAGGACGUCUCUCUUGAACGCCCCCCUCUCUGACGACGGCCUCUUUGGGGUCGCAGUCAAAGAGGCGACGGAGCGUUUUUCGAAGUUGGAGGAGGAGAAGAAGCAGUUGGCCAAGCACCUGCCGUUGGCAGGACGACUCGGCCCCCCUCCUCCCCAAAGGCCAUCUACCUCCGCCCCUCUAAGUAGACCGGGAUCUACGACGAGGCGGCGUCAUCCGGCGGCCACGAGCAGCAAGGGAGCGGGCUCGGCCCUCCCAGCAGCUACGGUAGCCCCACUACAGCCGGCGAGGGAGGUGACGAGGACGCCGACCUGGCCCUCCAAGGGAGGCAAGAGGAGGCGUACGUGACGGGACGCGGGGGAGAGGAUGGAGGACGCAUCGAUGGUGUCGAACGCGCCCACUGUUCCCCCCCACCCUUCGGUUGAAGGGACGGGUGCUGAUGUAAAUGCUUUUGUUGAUGUGUUUAAUAAAGAGUUGGCUCCACCUGACUUUGUCAAAAAAGAGCCUAUUUUCCAUAAUACGUCCGAGAGCGUUCAAAUCUCACCCUCUCUUCCUUACCACUCUAAGAGCCGUUCAGCCCACCGAGGGUGCGUUGCUGAACAGGCACUAAGAGUAGGUAUCCAGAAGACCUCAAUCAGGUCGUCACAUCACACUUCACGUAUAAGAAGUGCUUUACAUAGAAGGCAGUAGUCCCGGUCAGAUUCUGACAUGAGGACGCAGCCGCUAUUUGGGGAUGGCGCACUAGUACAGACUAAGGUCUCCACUAGUACGAGCCAGACCCAUGCUGCGUUCACGGAGGGCCCGAUUACCGCGGUCACCAAGGUGCCCAGAGUAUCGGCGCCCCCAGGCAUUGUAACACAGCAGCUAUCUGGGGACGGCGCAUUAUCGCAGACCAAGGUCUCGGUUAAUGCGAUUCAGACCCAUGCUACGUUCACGGAGGGCAGGAUUACUAGCGUUAUGGGUAUAACCAAAGUAUCAGCUCCCCUGACAGAACGAGCCAGUACUCACCACACUGAGCGUGAAUCAACCCACCAGGGGUGCAGAGUUGAACACACACAGAAGGUGAAAGUUAAGAAGGUAUCAAGGCACCGCCUUGUUUUACCUCAUAGAGACCUCAUACUACAGACUUCUAGGAGUACUGUAGUGAAGGGCUCUGAUAGCGAAUUGCAGUCACCUAAGAUGACGCAAUCGCUUGCUGGGGAUGGUGCCCUGCCGCAGGCUGUGGCCUCGGUCAGUGCAAUUCAGACCCGCGAUGCGUUCAAGGAGGGCAGGAAUACGACGGUUACGGGUUUAACCGACGUCCCUACUCCUCUUUCUUUCUCAGAACGCAUUUCCUCUCCCUUUCACGGGAGGCCCACCUUGGGCUGUUCCACCACUUCAAUGUUGGGGAACAGUGGCGGUAAGGGCCAUAGAGGAAUACAGGUCCUUCCUACUGGAUGCACCACAGCUUCGCGCCCAGCCACUUUCUCAGCAUUGCUGGCAGUGGCGAAGAAGCUGCACCCUCUCACGCUGGCUAGAACAGACGUUGCAGAAGGGUUAUGCUCUCCAAUUCCACCGGACCCCACCCCCGUUCAGGGGAGUGGUGGAGACGGUGAUGAAAACGCCAGACAAAGUGGCCGCUCUGAUGACGGAGAUUACGGAACUUUUGGCGAAGGAGGCGGUGACAGUAGUUCCCCGGGAGCAAAGGAACAAAGGGCUAUAUUCGCCUUAUUUCCUAGUGCCCAAAAAGACGGGGGGAGUGAGGCCGAUUUUGGAUUUACGCAUUCUCAACGAGAGCAUAACCAAACGGCCCUUCCGAAUGCUAACGACAAAACGUCUGCUGGAAUGUGUCCAGAGAGGGGACUUUUGUACGAGCAUAGACCUAAAGGACGCGUACUUUCAUGUGCCGGUUCAGCCGCGUCACAGGAAGUUUCUGCGGUUCGCCUUUCAAGGGGUUGCGUACGAAUACACGGGGAUGCCAUUUGGGUACGCCCUGGCACCUCGCACAUUUUCCAAGUGUGUGGAGGCGGCAUUGGAACCGUUGCGUCGUCAGGGAAUACGGCUACUAGCCUACCUGGACAACCUACUGGUUCUCGCCCCGUCAGCAGAGCUGGCGAUCACUCACACAACACAGACAGUGAUGCAUCUCACAAGUCUGGGGUUCGCUGUGAAUUGGAAAAAGAGCGCGCCCUGGCCCACUCAUCAGAUUGUCUACCUGGGGAUACAGCUAGACACUGUGAGGAUGAGGGCUCGAAUCUCGGACCCCCGAAGGGUAGCCUUGUUGCUAGCCCUAAGGAAGUGUCGUCUGAAUCACACGGUGACGGCGCUGUCGAUCAUGUCACUUUUGGGUCUCAUGUCGUCAGCCCACUCUGUGGUUCGGCUGGGACUCCUGCACAUGCGCAGGACGCAGCAAUGGUUCGCCCAACUAAGACUAGACCCAUUGCGUCAAUGUCAUCGGUUGGUGGUGGUUCCCCUCUCGCUCAGUGCAGACCUAAACUAUUGGAGAAACUCGCGCGUUCUCACGCACGGAGUCCCGAUAGGAAAGGUGUCCUCUCACAUCCCAGUAUUCACGGAUGCGUCCCUGACGGGAUGGGGAGGGACAUGUCAGACACAAGCGAUAGGAGGUGUGUGGCCUCAAUCAGGUCGUCACAUCAACCUCCUGGAGUUGGAAACGGUUCGACUGGUUCUGACCCACUUCGCGUCUACCCUUCGGGGUCGCGAUGUGCUGGUCUGGUCAGACAACCGGACCACAGUAGCCCACAUAAAUCGCCAGGGUGGAGUCAGGUCGCCUGCUCUCCAUCGGGCGCCAGAGGAAUUGUGGCUGUGGGCUCACGAGCACCUUCGCUCAUUGAGAGCAGCACACAUUCCGGGCUACUUGAACGUAGGAGCAGACCUCAUGUCAAGAGGGGGUCCUCGAGACGACGAGUGGUGUCUGCAUCCAGACAUUGUUCUCCAGAUUUGGGAACAAUUCGGGAGAGCCGAGGUGGACCUAUUCGCGUCACGCGUGAACGCGCAAUGUCCUCUGUGGUUCUCUCUGAGGGAACAGGACGAACCACCACUGGGAAGGGAUGCCUUUGCGCACCAACCGUGGCCGAGAGUUCUCCUGUAUGCAUUCCCUCCGCUGUCCUGCAUUCUCCCACUGCUAGCCAGGGUGAGGUCAGGGGGGCUGUCAGUGAUACUGAUAGCGCCCGAUCGCCCGGGGGCUCUGUGGUUUGCGGAGAUGAGUCAGAUGUUGAUUGCGCCACCUUGGCCAAUUCCACAUCGACGGGACGCGUUGUCUCAGGCGGCUGGCACGAUAGGGAAAUUGCCCAUAAUCGGCCAACCACUGAAGGCCUGGCUGCUGAGAGGGACAGGCUAGAGCGCCGUGGGUUAUCUGAUGCAGUGAUCAGGACCAUACAGGGUUCACGUGCCAGUUCCACUUCUAAGAUGUAUGCCAGUAGAUGGAACGUGUUUUCACGAUGGUGUGUCACACAAGGUGUGGACCCCAUGAGCUGUCAGGUGGAGAGUAUUCUCUCUUUUCUGCAGCUCAUGUUUGAUAAGCAAAAAUCGCCUGCCACGAUUAGAGUGUUUGCAGCAGCGAUUUCAGCUUGUCAUGAGGGUUUUGGCAGAGACAAUGUCAUAGCGGCUUCUACUGCCCUUUUCAGAGGAACAGGAGUAGAGGAUAUCUGUAGAGCAGCAUCCUGGUCGACGCCGUCUCCAUUUAUCCGUUUCUAUCUCUUAGAUAUGUCUUCUAAUUCUCUGGCUCGAUCUGUACUCAGCGUGGCUGAAGGGAGAUCUUGAGCAAGAAAGAGAGGAGAAGCAGGACUGUGGACUCAGGUUUCCAUCAGGUCCGCUUUGGUUAGGAAGACGUGUUUUUAACAGAUGUGUUUUCUAACUCUUUGGCUCGGUCUGUACUCAGCAUAGCUGAAGGGAGAUCUGGAGCUAGGAAGAGAGGGAAAAGCAGGACUAUGGACUGGUUUUCCAUCAGGUCCGCUUUGGAUAAGAAAACAUAUUUUGUGACAUGAAUCCUGACUGACAGGAUCAGUACAGUAGAGGCAUGCGUUGAUUAACAGAAUAUGAGGUCAUCUAUCUGCUUGUUCAGUUAGUAUGACUCAUGUUUUUGUUCCUGCCCACUAAUCUCUGGGAUUCCAUUGAGUGAGUGAGGCGGUCUACCGCGUUCAUAAUGUAGAGUGACACUUGAUGUCAUUCCAUUAGUGGUCGGUAGUGUUUUCACAGGAUAUUGAGGCACAUCUAUCUGCUAGUACAGAUUAGUAUGGCUUCUAUUCUGGUGAUCUGCCCACUAGUCAUUGGCAUUGCCAUUGGACUAGGUGGGGCGGGUUUUUAACCGAUGACGCGGUAUAUUGUGACGCCCGUAGGGGUUUUUAGUUGCAGUACUGCGGGACUCGGUUGCAGCCAUUGCUAGGCUUGACUUUCUCGUUUCGAUGGGAAGUGUUAGGCUCGGCAGGGAGUACAUUUUGGAGCGCUACGCUCCGCCUUAAACCAUUAGGAGCAGAGCUCCCCUAUGGGGCGGAGCUCCACGAUAUAGAACGAUUAGUUACCUGAGUGUAACUCCAGUUCUAUGAGUGGAGCGGAGCCCCAUAGGACUUAAGGCCCUGCCGACCCUCUCUAGUCUCGCUGAAGAAAAAUAUCUCGGGAGGCUGAUUGAGGGGAGGCACCCCCUCUUAUAGGGACACCUGUACUCCUAUUGGCUGUAGGUGUGUGCAUAAUUUUGUCUCAGGCUGCUGCUGCCUUAGGGCAGAGGGUAAACCAUUAGGAGCAGAGCUCCCCUAUGGGGCUCCGCUCCACUCAUAGAACUGGAGUUACACUCCGGUAACUAAUCGUUAUUCAGGUGCUCUGUAACAUCCACCAUAAAUGCAAGGUCCUGCAUCCAUUCUGCGGAAUGAAAUUCUAACACUGGUUUGCCCUUUUCUUCCAUGAACUGUUCAAUUUCUUCUCGUAAAUCAAAGAAACGCCUCACCACAGCACCUCGGCUUAACCAUCUUACCUCAGUGUGGUAUGGCAGGCCAUAGAUGUGGUCUUUCUCUCUGAGAAGGCUGUCAAACUGACAGUGAUUCAGGCUUCUGGAUCGGAUGAAAUUAACAGUUUGGAUGACCACCUUCAUGACGUUAUCCAUCUUUAAUGACUUGCAACACAAAGCCUCCUGGUGCAAAAUACAGUGAAAAGUCCAAAAAUCACGUCCUCCAUUUGCAGAUUGCACUUUCUCUCUGAACUUUGUCACAACGCCUGCUUUUUUCCCGAUCAUUGAGGGCGCACCAUCUGUAGCCAGGCUGACAGCGCGGGACCAGUCCACUCCGACCCUGUCCAGCGCGCCGACGAGUGCGGUAAAAAUAUCAGCUGCUGUCGUUGUAUCUGUCAUCGGCACCAACUCCACGAACUCCUUGGUGACGGUCAAUGUGUCAUCAACUCCGCGGAUGAAAAUGGCCAAUUGUGCAACAUCUGUAAUGUCCGUGCUUUCAUCAAUUGCAACCGAAAACGCAAUAAAUGACUUUACUUUUUGCUUCAACUGGCUGUCCAAAUCCACUGAAAGAUCGGAAAUCCUGUCUGCAACUGUGUUUCUUGUCAGGCUGAUAUUUGCAAAAGCCUGCCGCUUUUCAGGGCACACAAUCUCCGCUGCUUUCAUCAUGCAUGUUUUUACAAAUUCACCCUCACUAAAUGGUUUUGAAGCCACUGCGAUUUCAUUAGCAAUGAGGUAGCUAGCUUUCACUGCAGCGUCACUGAUGUCUCGGCUGUGAGUAAACACAGACUGCUGUUUCUUCAGACCCGCCAACAGUUCAUUCACCUUCUCUCAUCUCCGCUGUCCUUGAAAGUUUUCAUAUUUGUCGGCAUGAAGACUCACAUAGUGGCGACGAAGGUUAUAUUCUUUCAGCACUGCAACAUGCUCUGAACACACCAAACAUACAGCUUUCCCAUUCAAUUCCGUGAAUAAAUAGGAUGACCAUUUUUCUUGGAACACUCUGCACUCUGCGUCCACUUUUCUCUUUUUUGACAGAGACAUAUUGGGGCAAUGAGGGUGCCAAAGCACAUAAUGUUAAAAGUAGAAGCCGUAAUAAAUAUUGCGGGCAAAACAAAGUAGCUCAUUGGCUGCACGUGCUUGACCUACUUGCUCUGCCCCGGUAUAAACAGUUUGCUUGCUUAACACAAUUGCUAUUGCGCCAUCCAGUGGACGCAAUUGGAACAGCAGUUUAUUUCAUUGAAAAAUUGCAGCGCAUUUUUAUACUUUACAAUUAUUAUUAUUAUUAUUAUUUUAUUUUUUUAAAUCAUCUCGCGGGCCGGAUUAAACCUGUUUGCGGGCCUGAUCCGGCCCGCGGGCCGGACGUUUGACACCCCUGUUAUAGACAGACGCGUGCUACAUGGCAGACCAAUCCAAACUCAUCUAAUCUCUCACGGGUUACCAACAUAUUCAAAUAAUGAUUGACAUAUUUUCAUUAACUUUAUUUUGAUGAAUUUAUUCAUACCAUUUCAUCCUUCCACAAGAUAUAGUCCCGACACAAAUGUGCAUUUGUUUAAGCUGUUUUCUAGUGACAUUUAUUUGGAUACAUGGCAUAGAAAAUGUGCUCUCUCGUCAGGACACUAUUGUUCAGAGUAGAUAGCCUACAACACAGCAAACACAAUCACUUCAAACUGGAGCUGGAAAGACUACAAACUAGCUGCACCUUUUUUUCAAUUGACAUUUCUUUGAAUAUAUCCAUAAAAAUGAUGCCAGCUGAUUCAUGAUUUCGACUGGCUGAGAAACGCUGCCUGCCUGUUUCUCAGACAGCAAGGUUUAUAAAAAUCUCAGCUGUUAAAUGUUUGUCUAAAAUAAAUGUGAGAUAAUGUCUAGAUGCUUUUUAUAGUGGAGAUCAAGUUUAGAAAUUGUCUGGCUGGGCUGAUGAGACAGUGGAUUGCGCAUUCAGAUGGAACAGAGUAAAUAGGCAUUUUAACGUCAUAGAUUUAGCCGGUGGUAACUUGUGGAAUAGACACCGGCUGGAAUGCGGUUUUAACCAAUCAGCAUUCAGGAUUAGACCCACCCGUUGUAUAAUGCACAGUAGCUUACAAUAACUACCUUUCUGAGCUUGCCCAAAUUUGUGGAUUUUUCUGAAUUCUCAGAUUGAUAAUUUAAAAGGUAUAUUAGUGUUAAAAAACAUUUUCGCACUGAUUUGAACAACUACAAAAAUCCUAGGAAUAAGCAUUUUUGAGUGCAGUACUCCUUUUAACAUGUUAAAGAUGAUUUAUAACCCAGUGCAGCUUUGUGCUGCAUCUAGUGAGGUGAAGUAGGAGGAAUCCUGAAUGUGAUUGCUGACCAGAUCUGGGAUAACUAUAGUUUUAACUCUGCUUUGUGGAAAGUAACUAUUUUUUCCAGGCGAACAAAUGGUUACUUUGGAGGUGACUACAACUAUUUGAAUACAGUUCCCAAAAAAUUACUUGAAUACAGAUCUGAGAAAGCAACUCAGGAAGUGACUACUUUUCUGAAACUAUUGGAUUGGCUGCCUUCAACUAAUGGCAGGGCUGUAUCUGGAACUGCAUGUUGAAGAUAUAAAUAGAAUGAAUAGAGAACACACAAUCUCCUAUACUAUUCCAAUCUGUCUGACAGUCAUAUUUGAUCAACACAAUACAUUUCUAUCUGAACAUUGUGUAAAUGACCAUUCUCCUGAAUGUCCGUUGCCCCAGAUGUACAUAAUCAAUUCAAACCAAUUAACCAAUUAUAUUUUGUACGGAUAAGUAUAAAUAAGUUGUUACGCUCAGCUACUGUAUGACUCUUUCAACAUGCCACUGAAAAGGUAAAAAGCUGCAAUUAAUUUUAUGAUACCUGAAAAUACUGCAGAGUAAUUAAAAGCCAUUUGCAAACAGCAAGUUGGAUGCUUAGGAAAAACAACUUAGAACCUUUGUCCAUCUGAGGGUAAGUGUUCUUGUUUCAAACACACACUGUCGUCUUUAAAGGGAUAGUCUACUCAGAAUACAAACUAACAUGAUUUUCCACAUACAGUGGGGAGAACAAGUAUUUGAUACACUGCCGAUUUUGCAGGUUUUCCUACUUACAAAGCAUGUAGAGGUCUGUAAUUUUUAUCAUAGGUACACUUCAACUGUGAGAGACGGAAUCUAAAACAAAAAUCCAGAAAAUCACAUUGUAUGAUUUUUAAGUAAUUCAUUUGCAUUUUAUUGCAUGACAUAAGUAUUUGAUCACCUACCAACCAGUAAGAAUUCCGGCUCUCACAGACCUGUUAGUUUUUCUUUAAGAAGCCCUCCUGUUCUCCACUCAUUACCUGUAUUAACUGCACCUGUUUGAACUCGUUACCUGUAUAAAAGACACCUGUCCACACACUCAAUCAAACAGACUCCAACCUCUCCACAAUAGCCAAGAUCAGAGAGCUGUGUAAGGACAUCAGGGAUAAAAUUGUAGACCUGCACAAGGCUGGGAUGGGCUACAGGACAAUAGGCAAGCAGCUUGGUGAGAUGGCAACAACUGUUGGCGCAAUUAUUAGAAAAUGGAAGAAGUUCAAGAUGACGGUCAAUCACCCUCGGUCUGGGGCUCCAUGCAAGAUCUCACCUCGUGGGGCAUCAAUGAUCAUGAGGAAGGUGAGGGAUCAGCCCAGAACUACACAGCAGGACCUGGUCAAUGACCUGAAGAGAGCUGGGACCACAGUCUCAAAGAAAACCAUUAGUAACACACUACGCCGUCAUGGAUUAAAAUCCUGCAGCGCACGCAAGGUCCCCCUGCUCAAGCCAGCGCAUGUCCAGGCCCGUCUGAAGUUUGCCAAUGACCAUCUGGAUGAUCCAGAGGAGGAAUGGGAGAAGGUCAUGUGGUCUGAUGAGACAAAAAUAGAGCUUUUUGGUCUAAACUCCACUCGCCGUGUUUGGAGGAAGAAGAAGGAUGAGUACAACCCCAAGAACACCAUCCCAACCAUGAAGCAUGGAGGUGGAAACAUCAUUCUUUGGGGAUGCUUUUCUGCAAAGGGGACAGGACGACUGCACCGUAUUGAGGGGAGGAUGGAUGGGGCCAUGUAUUGCGAGAUCUUGGCCAACAACCUCCUUCCCUCAGUAAGAGCAUUGAAGAUGGGUCGUGGCUGGGUCUUCCAGCAUGACAACGACCCGAAACACACAGCCAGGGCAACUAAGGAGUGGCUCCGUAAGAAGCAUCUCAAGGUCCUGGAGUGGCCUAGCCAGUCUCCAGACCUGAACCCAAUAGAAAAUCUUUGGAGGGAGCUGAAAGUCCGUAUUGCCCAGCGACAACCCCCGAAACCUGAAGGAUCUGGAGAAGGUCUGUAUGGAGGAGUGGGCCAAAAUCCCUGCUGCAGUGUGUGCAAACCUGGUCAAGACCUACAGGAAACGUAUGAUCUCUGUAAUUGCAAACAAAGGUUUCUGUACCAAAUAUUAAGUUCUGCUUUUUUAUGUAUCAAAUACUUAUGUCAUGCAAUAAAAUGCAAAUUAAUUACUUAAAAAUCAUACAAUGCGAUUUUCUGGAUUUUUGUUUUAGAUUCCGUCUCUCACAGUUGAAGUGUACCUAUGAUAAAAAUUACAGACCUCUACAUGCUUUGUAAGUAGGAAAACCUGCAAAAUCGGCAGUGUAUCAAAUACUUGUUCUCCCCACUGUACUUUGACUGUAGUUGAUUCAAGAAGGCAGUUUUGAGAUAUUUAGUUUCCGUUCGACACUUAAUAGACAUAUUUUGUUACUGUUAGCAUUCUCAGUAACACUUAACAUUCAACUGUUCUUGUAAUAAAAUAAUGACUUUUGGAGCAAUAUUGUAGUAGCAUGUUGUUACAAUACUUUCAUAAUUGCAUAGCAAUGAGCUGAGAGUUAACUACUGUACACAAGAGGAAUAGGUUCUGUUCCUUAUUCCACUUAUGUAAUAACUCCAUUAUUAUGCAAUUAUAAAGCAAUUUCCAAAGUACUAUGUAACACAAAUGUUGCUUUUGUAAUAAUCACAGUUACUACACAUGCAUAAGAACUUGAUGCCAAGUGUUUGUGUAUUACCUUAUCUCUCACUCAUUAUGAAAAUGUAUUUGUUAGUCAUUUUGAAGCUGCAAAAGUGGUCUACUCUUAAUUCCAUUUCCCAUGUAUUUAAGUCUAGGCUAUAGACGGUUGAUUGUUUAGCAACAAAACCAACACGUGUGCAACUAUGGGGCAAAACAGACUGGGUUGGCUUAGACUGUUGACAACAUGUAAACUAUAUUUUGUCUCCAAAUGUUUAUUGAAAGCAUAAAUACUUUUGCACAAUGAGCACUCUUUGUCUCUCAAAUACAUGCUUACCCUUCCCCCAAAAAAGGGCAGUUUUGAAACUGCAGUGAAAGUGCAGUAACUGCAGUCGACUGUGGUAUUUUGGAUGCAGUAAUUGCAGAGUUCACUGCAAAAUUACUGCAGUAAAAAAUACUGUUCUUUUGGAUGCAGUAUUUGCAGCAUACUGCAGUUAUACUGCACUCUAACUGCAAUAUUUUUUCGUAAGGGUACAGUUGUUGGUUAGAUAGCUAGCUAACUUUAGCCAUAUUAGCAAGACAUGACAUCAGUCAAACCACCUCAAAACAAGACGGUAUCAAUAACAAGAUACGAGCUGAAAAAUUAGCCGCCUACAAUUCGUGGUCCUCUGUAGCUCAGCUGGUAGAGCACGGCGCUUGUAACGCCAAGGGAGUGGGUUCGAUCCCCGGGACCACCCAUACACAAAAAAUUAAAAUAAUGUAUGCACGCAUGACUGUAAGUCGCUUUGGAUAAAAGCGUCUGCUAAAUGGCAUAUAUUAUAUUAUUAUAUUAUAAUUCCCCACAUGGCAGCUUCUUGUCAUUGUUGCUAGCCAUCUGACAGUUAAGAAUCGUAACCCACGUCUUCUGGCCACAUCGAUACGCGCGCAUCAUUUUCGUGACGUUGUCAGCCAAGCCGUCGAUAUGGGUAUACUAAGAUUCAUAUCUAAGAGCCCUCCAAACCAUGUGCUUAUGAUCAUAUGCAGUAUUUAGACUAAUUCAACCAACUGUUGUAGUUUCUGGUUCUUCAUCAAAUAUUUGGCAACCAUCAAAUACGUAAUUUUUUUAUCAAGUAAGUUGCAUAUAUUCAAAUACCUUCAAAUAUUAUUUGGUUUUCUGAGAGUUAUUCAAAAUACUUUAAAAUAUAAUUUUGUUUUUCUGAGAUUUGUAUUUGAAUGUCAAAGAAAAAUAGUUUUAGUUGAAACUCUAUAUAAACUAUAUUCGACUAAGUUGGCAUUUUCAAAUAAACUACAAAAUGCAACUAUUUUCUGCCCAGGUCUGUUGCUACGUUCUUACAGAGACCUAGAGUAAGAUACCUUUGUGAUCAUGUUGGAGAUGAUAAUACACCAUUUCUUAAUUGGCUUAAUUGAUUUCUGGUCCUUGCAGGUAUGAGGAUAAGGCAAAGAAACACCUGGAACGCUACGACCUCCAGACCAAGCUGGCCUCUGAUCGAGGUGUGAGAGAGCCCGAGAGGCGGCUCUGUCUGGGCUCCCCGCUGAGUCGGCCCCAGGGCCAGAAACGCAAGGUCCUGCCUUCUAACCAGCCGGUCCUGGACCAGCUCUUCUUUUCCCAGCCCCAGAAGAAGAGGAGCCCUGUGCCAAAGCCCUCACAACCCCUACCGUUCAGUGUGGUUACCCUCAGGCAGCGGCUUCAUCGCCUCUCGUUCCAGAGCAGCCCAAGACCUCAGGGCCUCCGGCUUGUAAACCGCUUGGCCUCUCAAAGCGCCUGGGUCGUUUUAUGUGGUAGAAAGAUCAUGUUGUUAAAUCCAUUUCGGGUGGAGGAGGCCUUGCUGUUUAAGAGACUUCUGGAGAAUAAUAUACUUCCAGCAGCGAGCCUGCAGAACCCUAUACAGUUAACAGAUGGGUAACAUAUCACUCAGAUUUCUCACCUAACAGUGAAAUGUGAACAUUGACACAAUCUUGUUCUCAGCUCAUAAGUUCAGAGUGAUUUCAUAAUGCAUUCUAUAAUCUAGUCAUUAUGUAACACCUUAUGUUACACUUAAUUUUACAGCUUGCUAUUUACCUGGUACCUGAUAUACAGUACUUAUAAAUGACUGGGUAGAAUGGUAAUUUUAUAAUUACACUGAACAAAAAUAUAAACGCAACAUGCAACAAUUUCUGCGAUUUUACUGAGUUACAGUUCAUAUAAGGAAAUCAGUCAAUUGAAAUAAAUAAAUUAGGUCCUAAUCUAUGGAUUUCACUUGACUGGGCAGGGGCGCAGCCAUGGGUUGGCCUUGGCGGGCAUAGGCCCACCCACUUGGGAGCCAGUCCCACCCACUGGGGAGCCAGGCCCAGCCAAUCAGAAUGAGUUUUUCCCCACAAAAAGGCUUCGUUACAGACAAAUACUCCUCAGCAUCCCGCAGGUGAAGAGCCCGGAUGUGGGCUGGCAUAGUUACACGUGAUCUGCGGUUGUGAGGUCGGUUGGAUGUACUGCCAAAUUCUCUAAAACGACGUUGGUAGAGAAAUUAACCUUAAAUUAUCUGGCAACAGCUCUGGUGGACAUUCCUGCAGUCAGCAUGCCAGUUGCACACUCCCUCAACUUGAGACAUCUGUGGCAUUGUUGUGUGACAAAACUUGUGGCAUUUUAUUGUCCCCAGCACCUGUGUAAUGAUCAUGCUGUUUAAUCAGCUUCUUGAUAUGCCACACCUUUCAGGUGGAUGGAUUAUCUUGGCAAAGGAGAAAUCCUCACUAACAGGGACAUUUGAGAGAAAUAAGCUUUUUGUGCGUAUGGAACAUUUCUGGAAUAUUUUAUUUCAGCUCAUGAAACACGGGACCAACACUUUACAUGUUGUGUUUAUAUUUUUGUUCAGUGUACAUGAUAAUUACUUUUUGGAUCACUGUGAGAUUCAUUGAAACAAGUACCACAAUGUCCCAUGUGGUACCAGGUACAGAUUUGGUAUCCUUUGUUAAUACAAUAUGUGCUUGUCUUUUUUUAGUAUCCUAGGGGGUGCUGAGUAUACUCAGGCUCUCUGUACAAUGGAGAAGGGAAGUCCUGAGCUGAGAGGAAUGGCCAUCUUCUCUGAUCCCAGGCUUGUGGCCAACGGGUUUCAAAUCACACUCACUCCAGGUAGGGUAGAAUAUUAAUUGAAACGAUUUUUCAUUAUCAUUUGUAGGUAAGUUGACAAAUAGCCAUAUUUAAGUAGAAAAUGUCAUCUUGAGUUGAAAAAGUCAAAUGUAAAACAUUCACAACAGUACAGGUGAUCCAGCACUGAGCCCUGAGGAACACCUGUUGCUUCCAAUAGCUGUGUGGCUAAAAUCAUUGGGGAAGCCAAGCCAGGAAAAAAAUGACAACCUUAUGUGUUGUGAUAAUUGCAUUGUGUGUGCGUUAACCUGUUAGUUCAUGUGCCUUGCGACCGUGAUAUAUAGGCCUAAAGGCAGAGACAAUAAGAAGACAGUGGCAGAAAAAAUUCAACCACACCUUUGUUUCAUCACAAAACCUGAGAGCGAUCUCUGUCAGGUGAAGUCCACAAAGCAUAUUGCAUGUAACAAACAGUUACAUGACAUACAGCAUGGUCAAGCAAGUUAAUGAUUCUGACAUUUUCAGACAAUUAAACAUCUAAUGAUUUAGAACCACAGAGUUACAUUAAUUCGCAACGAAAACAGGAGCUGCCUCCACUAUUCCACCACCAUUUCAACUUCAAGAUUAUCAAAUCACCUAUGCUUAGUCUAAUACAGUGACAACUAAAUAUGUAAGCUAAAUAUGAUGUGGCUGGCCAUGGUUCUUAUUUCUCUCUCUGUGUGUGUGUGUGUGCAAGUAGAAAAACAUGUUGACUCACCCUACUAGUAGAGAAACGUUAAUGCCAUCCUCUCUUUCAUGUUGACGAAAAGGUCUAUGACUGUCAUACAGUACACACUUUUAUUUUUUGAUGUCCAAGGCUACCUGGCUAAAAUGCUUGCUCGCUAGCCUAACUUUCUUUCAUGGGCAACGUUAGCUAUCCUUCUUCAACAUUAGCCUUUUACAUCUAUCUACAUAUUGAACUUCCAUCCUCUCAGACCAGGGGCACAAUGUAUGAAUUUACAGUGCAUUCGGAAAGUAUUCAGACCCCUUAUAAUAUAAUAAUAAUAUGCCAUUUAGCAGACGCUUUUAUCCAAAGCGACUUAGUCAUUGACUUUUUCCACAUUUUGUUAUGUUACGGUCUUAUUCUAAAAUGGAUUAAAUAAAACAACUUCUCAUCAAUCUACGCACAACACCCAAUGACAAAGCUAAAUCUGUUUUUUAUAAAUUUUUGCAAGUAUUCAGACCCUUUGCUAUGAGACUCAAUUGAACUCCGGUGUAUCCUGUUUCCAUUGGUCAUCCUUGAUGUUUCUACAACUUGAUUGGAGUCCACCUGUGGUAAAUUCAAUUGAUUGGACAUGAUUUGGAAAGGCACACACACCUGUCUAUAUAAGGUCCCACAGUUGACAGUGCAUGUCAGAGCAAAAACCAAGCCAUGAGGUCAAAGGAAUUGUCCGUAGAGCUCCAAGACAGGAUUGUGUCGAGUCAUAGAUCUGCGGAAGGGUACCAAAAAACUUCUGCAGCAUUGACGGUCCCCAAGAACACAGUGGCCUCCAUUCUUAAAUGGAAGAAGUUUGGAUCCACCAAGACUCUUCCUAUAGCUGGCCGCCCGGCCAAACUGCGCAAUCGGGGGAGAAGGGCCUUGGUCAGGGAGGUGACCAAGAACCCGAUGGUCACUCUGACAGAGCUCCACAGUUCCUCUCUGGAGAUGGGAGAACCUUCCAGAAGGACAACCAUCUCUGCAGCACUCCACCAAUCAGGACUUUAUGGUAGAGUGGCUAGACGGAAGCCACUCCUCAGUAAAAGGCACAUGACAGCCCGCUUGGAGUUUGCCAAAAGGCACCUAAAGGACUCUCAGACCAUGAAUAACAAGAUUCUCUGGUCUGAUAAAACCAAGAUUGAACUCUUUGGCCUAAAUGCCAAGCUUCACGUCUGGAGGAAACCUGGCACCAUCCCUACGGUGAAGCAUGGCGGUGGCAGCAUCAUGCUGUGGGGAUGUUUUUCAGCGGCAGGGACUGGGAGACUAGUCAGGAUGAAUGGAGCAGAGAGAUCCUUGAUGAAAACAUGCUCCAGAGCGCUCAGGACCUCAGACUAGGGUGAAGGUUCACCUUCCAACAGGACAAUCACCCUAAGCACACAGCCAAGACAACGCAGGAGUGGCUUCGGGACAAGUCUCUGAAUGUCCUUGAGUGGCCCAAAUGUGGAAAAAGUUCAGGUCUGAAUACUUUCCGAAUGCUCUGUAUGUUUGAAUCAGAAUCGCUGUUAUAAUCAUUGGCCUGUAUGGAGAAUUAAGUAAAACCAACUGUUCAAAUCCCUAUCUCCAUCCAUGGCUAAUUUAGGAAAGGGACAAUUUUAGCUAGCUAUCUAGCCACAAGAGGACAACAGCACGACGAGAUGCAACAAUUCAAGUUGUUUCUGUCUGACGUAUUGCUGUCGAUGCGAUGUGAUUGGAGGGAAGCCAAAUCCAAACUGGCUUCUAUUGACUUUUGUAUUUUAAUUUUGAAUUUUUGGUGUGCUAGGACCAUUCACAGUUGAGCUCAAUGCUGAUUGGCUAUUAUUUUAUUUAAAAAAUGUAUUAAGGGAGGCAAAAUACUUGCUUGCUUCCGUUGCAUUCAUUGCUACGGGCGACAACAAUGUCAUACUCUUUUUGACCAGGCAGCAUCAGAUCGAUGGCCUACACAUACAGAGACAGAGGGGCGCUGUUUCACUCGCUCGGAUGCUUUCUCCGGUGAGAUACAUUCAGCCUCAUGCGAAUUGAAGGAAAAUUAUGAAACACAGAGACAAAAGAUAAAUGAUUUUGUAUGUUUUUGUGUUUUUUUUAUUGAUAAAUGUUUUGGGGAAGCCUGGCUUCCUUUGGCAUACAUGAAUACACGCCACUGGUUGCUUUGCUGUUUGGUGAGUAGAUGGACCCACUCCAUGUAACCUGGCUUAAGCUAUCGACUAGAUGGGAUGCAAACCAUUCGUUUUGCGAAACAAACUUGAUUCUGAACCUUUCAGGGUUUCCAGACAAUAUAGCUAAAAUUAUUAUCUUGAAGCAACAUUACUUUUCUUUGCACAAGCUGACAUUGUUAGCAGAGCCUCUUACAGUAUUAACACUUAUGAUGACAUCAUUACGAGGAUAAAUUGCUUGAGAGGAAAGAACAAUGUCAGCAUUUCCCUGGUCCUGGUGGCGCACAGUGAAAGUUCAUUCACUUGUUAAAAAGGAUUUAAGCGUUGUUGUUUUUUUUUCCCAUUCCAUUAUUUCACUGUUUUCUUGUUCUACUGGUCUGGUCCUUUCAUCUUACUUACCGUCUCUCGCUGGUACAUAAGACAGUACAGUUUACAGCCCACCCUUUCCUUCUGAGAGAAAAUAGGCCUUGAUAAUUUCUUGAUUCAAGCUGUUUAAAAGCUUAUUGACCCAAUUCAAUUUAACAAAGGUUGUGCUCAUUGGACGUCAUUAAUGUCAUAGUUCACAAAUAAUUUAGAAAUGUCAAACAUAAGAGCUGGAGUAACAGGAUUAUGGUCAAUUAUUUCUGACAGAGUUGCUGUGUCAGUAUUGGAUUAGCAGUGGAUGCUUCCAUCAUAUGCAACAUGUUAGUUAUUCAAGGUUCCGCAUGACUUCGUAUCAAGUGGGAUUUGAGUGUUCAACAAUUUGAAGUACCUUGUCUAGGUGCUGAUUUGUGACCGAAUUCCCUCUGGGGUGAAAGCGCUAAAUAUAUCCAUCCCAUUAUUAUUAGUCAUAGUUGUAAUCCCUUGCCAUCAAUGCUUUAAUUAUGGAGGGGAGAAAUUCCAGUCAAGAUUACUAUUUCUAUUAGCUUUUCGAUGUUUCUCUUUUCAGUCAAUAUUUGUGUACCGGUAUUUCUUUAUGUUUUUCAUAUGACAUCCACACAGUUUAUCUGCACUAUAAUGUGUAUAUGUUCACUAUGAAUUGUGUUUGGUUUUACAUGGUACUGAACAGUCUCUCAAAUACCUUCAAUGGCUGUGAAAGCUAAAGCAAACUACUCCUAUCCCCCUUGUCUUCAGUUGGUAUGACCUUAUUUCUUCUUGCGGUUGAAAAAUGCAAAAGGCCUUCUCCAAAUCCUGGUUGUUUUGGUGCCGGUAUGGGUCACCUUAGUUGACUUUGGCAUUUUGCCAGGCACUGUGCCCUCACAGUGGAUUUGUACCACAGUGUGCAGGUGAAGAGAAUGGCUGCCCUUUAGAGAGGGAAGAAUGUCCAAGUAUUCUUGUUGCCAAUCCCAGCAGGUGGGUGUGAAUGUGAGACUAGGUAGCCAGGGUGGAGCGAUUGCCAACGGUAGUAGCUACACUACCGUUCAAAAGUUUGUGGUCACUUGGAAAUGUCCUUGUUUUUGAAAGAAAAGCAAUGUUUUUGUCCAUUAAAAGAACAUAAAAUUGAUCAGAAAUACAGUGUAGACAUUGUUAAUGUUGUAAAUGGCUAUUGUAGCUGGAAACGGCUGAUUUUUUAAAAUGGAAUAUCUACAUAGGUGUACAGCAACCAUCAGUCCUGUGUUCCAAUGGCACGUUGUGUUUGCUAAUCCAAGUUUAUCAUUUUAAAAGGCUAAUUGAUCAUUAGAAAACCCUUUUGCAAUUAUGUUAGCACAGCUGAAAAUUGUUGUGCUGAUUAAAGAAGCAAUAAAACUGGCCUUCUUGAGACUAGUUGAGUAUCUGGAGCAUCAGCAAUUGUGGGUUUGAUUACAGGUUCAAAAUGGCCAGAAACAAAGAACUUCUGAAACUUGUCAGUCUAUUCUUGUUCUGAGAAAUGAAGGUUAUUCCAUGCGAAAAAUUGCCAAGAAACUGAAGAUCUCGUACAACGCUGUGUACUACUCCCUUCACAGAACAGCGCAAACUGGCUCUAACCAGAAUAGAAAGAGGAGUGGGAGGUCCCGGUGCACAACUGAGCAAGAGGACAAAUACAUUCGUGUUUAGUUUGAGAAACAGGCGCCUCACAGGUCCUCAACUGGCAGCUUAAUUAAAUAGUACCCGCAAAACACCAGUCUCAAUGUCAACAGUGAAGAGGCGACUCCGGGAUGCUGACCUUCUAGGCAGAGUUGCAAAGAAAAAGCCAUAUCUUUUCUUUUUAUUGGCCAGUCUGAGAUAUGGCUUUUUCUUUGCUACCAUCAUAUGCAACAUGUUAGUUAUUCAAGGUUCCGCAUGACUUCGUAUCAAGUGGGAUUUGAGUGUUCAACAAUUUGAAGUACCUUGUCUAGGUGCUGAUUUGGGACCGAAUUCCCAAUAGAGAAACAUUCGUUUGGGUGUCAAAUGUGGUUCCGAUGGGUUCAACACAAAUAUUUGUUCACAGGCAAGGGUUUUGGUAUAUUUGCCUCAUAAUAGUAGCACACAGGGUUGGGGAGUAACUGAUUACAUGGGUUAAAAGUUACAUGGAAUCUGAUGGAAAGAUAGCGCAGACAGAGAAGUGCGACAUCUAAAGAGUUCCAACUUAUUUAUCGACUUUUUUCGUGUUCGUCUUAACUUUAUUUGGACAGAAAGUUCAUACUAGGAUCAGAUAUGACCGCCAAGCACUUCUUUACAUCAGAUCGACAGUUACUAACCUCGAUUUCGACUUCAAAUCCGACUUCAACUCUGACUCAGCUGUUCCCUUGUUCAUACCGGACCCCAUUCCUUUGUUUCAUGGGCCACCAAAACACAGCAGGCGUGGACGCGGUAGACGAGCCGGCAUCCUGGUGAGAUUGAGACGAAGAGAAAACCGACCGGCACUCCCCUCCGUUCUAUUGGCAAAUGUCCAGUCACUCGAGAAUUAGAUGGAUGAGCAUGGAAAUUGUAGGCCAAGGGUUAUUAACCAUUACUUUAACAAUUUUAAAUGUCUACUUCAAUGGGGUAGGGACGUCCAAAGGAUCCUGGAUAGCGCUGACCAUUUUGCUAGUACAGACUGGCAUAUAUUCCAGGAUUCAUCUGAUACCAUUGAGGAGUUUUACCACAUCAGUCACAGGCUUUAUCAAUAAGUGCAUAGACGACAUUGUCCCCACAGUGACUAUAUGAACGUAUCCAAACCAAAAACUAUGGAUUACAGGCAAUAUUUGCACUGGCCUAAAGGCUAGAGCUACUGCUUACAAGGAACGGGACACGGACAUGGACGCCCACAAGAAAGCCCACUACGACCUCUGACGAGACAUCAAACAUGCAAAAGGACAAUAUAGGAGGAAGGUGAAAUCCUAUUUAACUGGCUCAGACACUUGUCGUAUGUGGCAGGGUUUGCAGUCAAUAACGGAUUACAAAGGGAAACCCAGCCGUGAAAUGCAGAACUCCCAAACGAGGUAAAUGCCUUUUUAUGCUCGCUUCGAGGAAUACAACAUUGAGUCUUGCGUGAAAGCCCCUGUUGUUCCAGAUGAUUGUGUGAGCUCGUUCUCCGUGGCCGAUGUGAGAAACGUUUAAACAUGUUAACACUCACAAGAAAUACCAGGGCGCAUUCUCAAAACAUGCGCAGAACAGCUUGCAAGUGUCUUCAUGGACAUUUUCAGUCUCUCCUUGUUCCAGUCUGUAAUCCCAACAUGUUUCAAAGAUGACCAUUGUCUCUGUUCCCAAGAACUCCAAGGUAACCUGCCUAAAUUACUAUCGCUCUGUAACACUCAUAUCUGUAAUUAUGAGGUGUUUUGAAAGGCUGGUCAUGACACACAUCAACACCAUCACCCCAGACACCCUUGGACCCACUCCAAUUUGCAUACUGCCCCAACAGAUCCACAGAUUACGCAAUCUCAAUUGUACUUCGAACUCCCCUCCAACCUGGAUAAGAGGGGAAAUAACUAUGUGAGAAUGCAUGUUCUUAGUAACCUGAUGGAGAGAAUUGUGUUUGACCAAAUACAAUGCUAUUUUUCAGAGAACAAGUUAACUACUGACUUUCAGCAUGCAUUUAGAGAAGGCACUCAAUUUGUACAGCAUUUCAGUGCAGCCUUUGAUGUUAUUGAUCAUAAAUUGUUAUUGUAAGAAAAACACUUGCUAGGGCUUUACAUCACCUGUCAUUACAUGGUUGGAGAGUUAUUUAGAACCCAGAGAGUGUUCUUUAAUGGAAGCUUCUCUAACAUCAGAUAUAUACAGUGCGGUGUCCCUCACGGCAGCUGCCUUGAGCAGUUACUUUUCUCUAUUUGUACUAAUUAUUUGCCACUGGUCUUACACAAAGUUAGAAUGACUAUGAAUGCAGACGAUUCCACACUCUACAUGUCAGCACCCAAAGCCAGUGAGCUCACUGAAAUUCUAAAUAAGGAGUUACAGUAUCAGAAUGGGUGAUUUCAAUAAUAAACUGGUCUUAAAUAUGGCUAAAACUAAAAACAUUGUAUUUGGUUCAAAACAUUCUCUAAGACCUAAACCUCAACUGGAGUUGUUAAAGGGUGUAAGGGGCAUGUCUGUAUACAUUUCUGUGUGUUUUUUUGACACAUCAACUGUACUAGUUGUUCAGGUUCUUGUAUUAUCUUGAUUACUGUCCGGUAAUACAGUGAUCCCUCGCCACUUCGCGGUUCACUUAUCGCGGAUUCGCUAUUUCGCGGAUUUUCAUAAUGCAUUUUUUUUUUUUUGGUGCAUUGUGCUCUGCAUUCUGAUUCGCUAAAAACUCACUCCCGCUUCUUGUAUCAAAACAUGCUACGAAUUGUGCUAUCAUUUUGUCGUCUCGUGCAGUUAUGUGUACGUACAUAAAACAGCUUGGCAAAUUUACAUUAAGUUGGCCAAAUUAUCUUGUAAUUUCGAACAUCUCCUAAACCCAUAAUGUCGACGAAACGGCCUGGACCGACAAAAGCACCUGCGGAUGGGCCCAAACGGCGGAAGAUGCUACCUAUCUCAGAUAAAGUUAAACUUCUGGACAUGCUAAGGGAAGGUAAAUGACAAAGCCACAAAGCGACGAUGAAAGAGAAGAGGGAGAAGAGGACACGAGAGAUGAGGAGGAAGGACUAACGCUUGGUCGCUUAGCAACCAUGGUGCGAAUGGCCACUGAACUUAAGCGAGUAGCUGAGGAAUGGGACCCUUUGAUGAGCCGUUCAUUACAGUUCUCCAACGUAAUCGAUGGUGGCAUGUCGGUGUACAAGGAUCUUUUUGCAAAGAAGAAAAAAGAGCGACAACAGCUGCCUAUCACUAUGUUCUUCUCCCGAACAAACACACCUGCACCGCGGGCUUCAGAAGAAGAGAACACUGCAGAGCGCAGUCAGGAUGCAGCGGCCCAGUCUGAAGAGCAGUGAAACGGCCUACACGUGAGUCACUGUAUUUGUAUACAUGUAAUAGUUGCUAAUUGUAAAAAAAAAAAGUUUUCUAUUUCGCGGAUUUCACUUAUCGCGGGUCAUUUUCGGAACGUAACCCCCGCGAUAAACGAGGGAUUACUGUAUGGUCAAGUGCAGCAAAGAAAGACCUAGCAAAGCUGCAGCUAGCUCAAAACAGAGCAGCACGCCUUGCCCUUAACUGCACAUACAGAACUAACAUCAACAACAUGCAUGCCAGUCUUUCUUGGUUGAGGGUUGAUGAGAGACUAACUGCUUCUCCUAGUUUAAGAUAAAUAAUACUGUGAUGAAAAUUCCAGAUUGUUUGCGUAAUCAAAUAACAUUCAGCUCAGACACCCAUAAAUACCCCACAAGACAUGCCAUCAGGGGACUUCACGGUCCUCAAAUCCAAAACGAAUUCACAGCAGCGCACGGUAUUAUACUGAGCCAUGAUUGCAUGGAACUCCCUUCCAUCUCCAAUUACUCAAGCAAAUGGCAAAAUGACCUUACAUUCUUUUAUUAAACAACAUCUCCUGGAACGGCGGGGAUUGUGAGGUACACAAACACACGCACACACUAACAUACACCAUUUUUUUGUUGUAUUGUUUGUAUAAUUUUUUUCACCAGGAAGAGUAGGUGCUGCUUCUCUGCAAAAGCUAACAGGGAUCCAAAUAAACAAAGGCUGUUCAUAGACUACAGCUCAGUGUUCAACACCAUAGUCCCAUCCAAGCUCAUCACCAAGCUGGGGACCCUGGGACUGAACACCUCCCUCUGCAACUGGAACCUGGACUUCCUGACGAGCGGGCCCGAGGUGGUGAGGGUAGGCAACAACACCUCCAACACGCUGACCCUCAACACUGGGGCCCCUCGGGUGUGGGCCCAGUCCCCUCCUGUACUCCCAGUUCACUCACAACUGCGUGGCCUUGAAUGACUCCAACACCAUCAUCAAGUUUGCUGAUGACAUGACGGUGGUAGGCCUGAUCAAUGACGGCGAUGAGACGGCCUACAGUGAGGUGGUGAGAGAAUUGGCAGUGUGGUGCCAGGACAACAACCUCUUCCUCAACGUCAGUAAGACCAGGGAGCUGAUCGUGGACAAGAGGGGAGAGCACGCCCCCUUCCACAUCGACGGGGCUGUAGUUGAGCGGAUCGAGAGCUUCAAGUUCCUUGGCGUCCACAUCACUAAGGACAUGGUCCACACACACCCACAUAGUCGUGAAGAGGCCACGACAGCGCCUCUUCCCCCUCAGGAGGCUGAAAAUAUUUAGCAUGGGCCCUUGAAUCCUCAAAACGUUCUACAGCUGCACCAUCGAGAGCAUCUUGACUGGCUGCACCACUGCUUGGUAUGGCAAAUGCACCGCCCUCGACCACAAAGCAUUACAGAGGGUGGUGCGGACAGCCCAGUAAUCACUGGGACCGAGCUCUCUGCCCUCCAGGACUUUCAUAUCAGGUGGUGUCAGAGGAAGGCCCGAGAAAUUGCCAAAGACUCCAUUCUGCUACUAUCCAGCAAACGGUACCUGAGCAUUGGCUCUCGGACCAACAGGCUCCUAGACAGCUUCUACCCCAAGCCAUUAGAUUGCUAAAUUGUUAAUUAAAUGGUUGCCCAGACUAUAUGCACUGUGACCCAAUCUUGCACUGACUCUACGCACACGCACAAGACUAUAUAAACAUACUGUAUACACACACUAUCACACAAAACCCAUACACAUGCACAGACACUCUCCUGACAUUUUGUUAGGUACACCAACGUACACGAAAAAGGAUCGCUCCUACAGGCAGUGAGUCACUUGGCCGUGGCUUGUUACAGUGCAUUCGGAAAGUAUUCAGACCCCUUGACUUUUUCCACAUUUUGUUAUGUAACAGCCUUAUUCUAAAAUAUAUAAAACAAAAACAAAAUCUCAUCAAUCUACACACAAUACCCCAUAAUGACAAAGCAAAAACAGAUUUUUUUGAAAUGUCAGCAAAUUUAUUAAUAAUAAAAAACGGAACUAUCACAUUUACAGUGCCUUGCAAAAGUAUUCAUCCUCCUUGGUGUUUUUUCCUAUUUUGUUGCAUUACAACCUGUAAUUUUAAAUGGAUUUUUAUUUGGAUUUCAUGUAAUGGAUAUACACAAAAUAGUCAAAAUUGGUGAAGUGAAAUGAAAAAAAUAAUUGGUUUCAAAAGUCACAUAAUUGGUUAAAUAAAGUCCACCUGUGUGCAAUCUAAGUGUCACAUGAUCUGUCACAUGAUCUCAGUAUAUAUACACCUGUUCUGAAAGGCCCCAGUGUCUGCAACACCACUAAGCAAGGGGCACCACCAAGCAAGCAGCACUAUGAAGACCAAGGAGCUCUCCAAACAGGUCAGGGACAAAGUUGUGGAGAAGUACAGAUCAGGGUUGGGUUAUAAAAAAAUAUCCAACACUUUGAACAUCCCACGGAGCACCAUUAAAUCCAUUAUAAAAAAAUUGAAAGAGUAUGGCACCACAACAAACCUGCCAAGAGAGGGCCGCCCACCAAAACUCACAGACCAGGCAAGGAGGGCAUUGAUCAGAGAGGCAACAAAGAGACCAAAGAUAACCCUGAAGGAGCUGCAAAGCUCCACUGUGGAGAUUGGAGUAUCUGUCCAUAGGACCACUUUAAGCCGUACACUCCACAGAGCUGGGCUUUACAGAAGAGUGGCCAGAAAAAAGCCAUUGCUUAAAGAAAAAAAUAAGCAAACAAGUAGUCAAAGCCCAGACCUCAAUCCAAUUGAGAAUCUGUGGUAUGACUUAAAGAUUGCUGUACACCAGCAGAACCCAUCCAACUUGAAGGAGCUGGAGCAGUUUUGCCUUGAAGAAUGGGCAAAAAUCCCAGUGGCUAGAUGUGCCAAGCUUAUAGAGACAUACCCCAAGAGACUUGCAGCUGUAAUUGCUGCAAAAGGUGGCUCUACAAAGUAUUGAAUAGAUAUGCAUGCUCAGGUUUUCUGGUUUUUUUUGUCUUAUUUCUUGUUUGUUUCACAAUAAAAAAUAUUUAGCAUCUUCAAAGUGGUAGGCAUGUUGUCUAAAUCAAAUGAUACAAACCCCCCCCCAAAAUCAAUUUUAAUUCCAGGUUGUAAGGCAACAAAAUAGGAAAAAUGCCAAGGGGUGUGAAUACUUUCGCAAGCCACUGUACAUAAGUAUUCAGACCCUUUACUCAGUACUUUGUUGAAGGAACCUUUGGCAGCGAUUACAGCCUCAAGUCUUCUUGGAUUUGACGCUACAAGCUUGGCACACUUGUAUUUGGGGAGUUUCUCCCAUUCUUCUCUGAAGAUCCUCUCAAGCUUUGUCAGGUUGGAUGGGGAGCGUCGCUGCACAGCUAUUUUCAGGUCUCUCCAGAGAUGUUCCAGUCCAGGCUCUGGCUGGACCACUCAUGGACAUUCAGAGACUUGUCCCAAAGCCACUCCUGCAUUGUCUUGGCUGUGUGCUUAGGGUCGUUGUCCUGUUGGAAGGUGAAUCUUCACCCCAGUCUAAGGUCCUGAGCGCUCUGGAACAGGUUUUCAUCAAGGAUCUCUCUGUACUUUGCUCCGUUCAUCUUUCCCUCGAUCCUGACUAGUCUCCCAGUCCCUGCCGCUGAAAAACAUCCCCACAGCAUGAUGCUGCCACCACCAUGCUUCACCGUAGGGAUGGUGCCAGGUUUCCUCCAGACGUGAAGCUUGGCAUUCAGGCCAAAGAGUUCAAUCUUCGUUUCAUCAGACCAGAGAAUCUUGUUUCUCAUGGUCUUGAGAGUCCUUCAGGUGUCUUUUAGCAAACUCCAAGUGGGCUGUCAUGUGCCUUUUAACUGAGGAGUGGUUUCCGUCUGGCCACUCUACCAUAAAGUCCUGAUUUGAUGUGUGCUGCAGAGAUGGUUGUCCGUAUGGAAGGUUCUCCCAUCUCUGGAGCUCUGUCAGUGUGACCAUCGGGUUCUUGGUCACCUCCCUGACCAAGGCCCUUCUCCCCCGAUUGCACAGUUUGGCCAGGCGGCCAGCUCUAGAGUCUUGGUGGUUACAAACUUCUUCCGUUUAAGAAUGUUAGAGGCCAGUGUGUUCUUGGGGACCUUCAAUGCUGCAGACAUUUUUGUGCCUCGACACAAUCCUGUCUUGGAGCUCUACGGACAAUUCCUUCGACCGAUGAUCAAUGGAAACAGUAUUCACCUGAGCUCAAUUUCAAGUAUCAUAGCAAAGGGUUUGAAUACUUAUGUAAAUAAGGUAUUUCCGUUUUUAAUUUUAAUACAUUUGCAAACGUUUCAUUUGCAAAACCCUGUUUUUGCUUUGUCGUUAUGGGGUAUUGUGUGUAGAUUGAGGAAAUAAAUACAUUUAAUCAAUUUUAGAAUAAGGCUAACGUAACAAUGUGGAAAAAGGGAAGGAGUCUGAAUACUUUCUGAAAGCACUGUGCAUGGCUAUUAAGGCCACAUCGUUCUUCAAGAUGUUCAAGUAUUCAUAGAUGACCAGCAGGGUCAAAUAAUAAUCACAGUGGUUGAAGGUGCAACAGGUCAGUAACUUAGCAGUAAAUGUCAGUUGGCUCUUCAUAGUCGAGCAUUCAGAGGUCGAGACAGCAGGUCCGGGACAAGGUAGCACGUCCGGUGAACAGGUCAGGGUUCCAUAGCCGCAGGCAGAACAGCAGAAACUGGAUCAGCAGCACGACCUGGUGGACUGGGGACGAGGACAGAAAUGAGUUGUCAGGCCAGGUAGUCCUGCGGCAUGUUCCUAGGGCUCAGGUCCUACGGGAGAGGAAGAGAUGGCGAAAUGGGAUAAUUAGAGGGAGCAUACCUAAGACCAGCACACACGACAACAGAUAGGACAGACUCACCCUAAUUUUCCUGGCACAUAGACUAUUGCAGCAUAGAUAUUGGAUACUGGGUCGGGGAAACUGUGGCCCCGUCCACGAGCCCGAGGGGGCGCAAUACCGGACAGGAAGAUCAGGUCAGUGACUCAACCCACUCAAGUCAAGUAUAGUGAAAAAAGCCUGGUACAACGUGAUGCACCUCUCCUUGGGAGGGCAUGGGAGAGUGCGAGCAAGCCAGUGACUCAGCCCCCUAAAUAGGGUCAGAGGCAGAGAAUCGCAGUGGAGAGAGGGGAGCCGGCCAGGCAGAGACAGUCAGGGUGGUUCGUCACUCCAGUGCCUUGACGUUUACCUUUCGCACCCCUGAGCCAGACUACACUCAAUCAUAGGAUCUACUGAAGAGAGGAGUCUUCAGUAAAGACUUAAAGGUUGAGACCCAGUCUGCGUCUCACAUGGAUCGACAGACCAUUCCAUAAAAAUGGAGCUCUAUAGGAGAAAGCCCUGCCUGCAGCUGCCUCCAAAUUCUAGGAACAAUAAGGAGGCCUGCGUCUUGUGAGCGUAUGUGUAGGUAUGUACGGCAGGACCAAAUCGGAGAGCUACAGUGGGGAGAACAAGUAUUUAAUACACUGCCGAUUUGCAGGUUUUCCUACUUACAAAGCAUGUAGAGGUCUGUAAUUUUUAUCAUAGGUACACUUCAACUGUGAGAGAGGGAAUCUAAAACAAAAAUCCAGAAAAUCACAUUGUAUUAUUUUUAAGUAAUUCAUUUGCAUUUUAUUGCAUGACAUAAGUAUUUGAUCACCUACCAACCAGUAAGAAUUCCGGCUCUCACAGACCUGUUAAUUUUUCUUUAAGUAGCCCUCCUGUUCUCCACUCAUUACCUGUAUUAACUGCACCUGUUUGAACUCGUUACCUGUAUAAAAGACACCUGUCCACACACUCAAUCAAACAGACUCCAACCUCUCCACAAUGGCCAAGACCAGAGAGCUGUGUAAGGACAUCAGGGAUAAAAUUGUAGACCUGCACAAGGCUGGGAUGGGCUACAGGACAAUAGGCAAGCAGCUUGGUGAGAAGGCAACAACUGUUGGCGCAAUUAUUAGAAAAUGGAAGAAGUUCAAGAUGACGGUCAAUCACCCUCGGUCUGGGGCUCCAUGCAAGAUCUCACCUCGUGGGGCAUCAAUGAUCAUGAGGAAGGUGAGGGAUCAGCUCAGAACUACACGGCAGGACCUGGUCAAUGACCUGAAGAGAGCUGGGACCACAGUCUCAAAGAAAACCAUUAGUAACACACUACGCCGUCAUGGAUUAAAAUUCUGCAGCACACGCAAGGUCCCCCUGCUCAAGCCAGCGCAUGUCCAGGCCCGUCUGAAGUUUGCCAAUGACCAUCUGGAGGAAUGGGAGAAGGUCAUGUGGUGUGAUGAGACAAAAAUAGAGCUUUUUGGUCUAAACUCCACUCGCCGUGUUUGGAGGAAGAAGAAGGAUGAGUACAAUCCCAAGAACACCAUCCCAACCAUGAAGCAUGGAGGUGGAAACAUCAUUCUUUGGGGAUGCUUUUCUGCAAAGGGGACAGGACGACUGCACCGUAUUGAGGGGAGGAUGGAUGGGGCCAUGUAUCGCAAGAUCUUGGCCAACAACCUCCUUCCCUCAGUAAGAGCAUUGAAGAUGGGUCGUGGCUGGGUCUUCCAGCAUGACAAUGACCCGAAACACACAGCCAGGGCAACUAAGGAGUGGCUCCGUAAGAAGCAUCUCAAGGUCCUGGAGUGGCCUAGCCAGUCUCCAGACCUGAACCCAAUAGAAAAUCUUUGGAGGGAGCUGAAAGUCCGUAUUGCCCAGCGACAUCCCCGAAACCUGAAGGAUCUGGAGAAGGUCUGUAUGGAGGAGUGGGCCAAAAUCCCUGCUGCAAUGUGUGCAAACCUGGUCAAGACCUACAGGAAACAUAUGAUCUCUGUAAUUGCAAACAAAGGUUUCUGUACCAAAUAUUAAGUUCUGCUUUUCUGAUGUAUCAAAUAUUUAUGUCAUGCAAUAAAAUGCUAAUUAAUUACUUAAAAAUCAUACAAUGUGAUUUUCUGGAUUUUUGUUUUGGAUUCCGUCUCUCACAAUUGAAGUGUACCUAUGAUAAAAAUUACAGACCUCUACAUGCUUUGUAAGUAGGAAAACCUGCAAAAUCGGCAGUGUAUCAAAUACUUGUUCUCCCCACUGUAGAUAGGAGCAAGUCCAUGUAAUGCUUUGUAGGUUAGCAGUAAAACCUUGAAAUCAGCCCUAGCCUUAACAGGAAGCCAGAGGCUAGCAGUGGAGUAAUAUGAUACAAUUUUGGGGUUCUAGUCAAGAUUCUAGCAUCCGUAUUUAGCACUAGCUGAAGUUUAUUUAGUGCCUUAUCCGGGUAGCGGAGAGUAGACCAUUGCAGUGUUAUAAUAUUUAAGUGACAAAAGCAUGGAUUAGCUUUUCUGCAUCAUUUGGACAAAAAGUUUCAGAUUUGUGCGAUGUUACGAAGCUGGAAAAAAGUUGGUCUCUAAAUAAUUUUGAUAUGUUCAUCAUUGAGAGAUCAGGGUCCAGAGUAACGCCGAGGUCCUUCAUUUUUAUUUGAGAUGACUGUACAACCAUCGAGAUUCAUUGUCAGAUCCGACAGCAGAUCGCUUUGUUUCUUGGGACCUAGAAGUAGCAUCUCAGUUUUGUCCGAGUUUAAACGUUUUAAAAAAUUGCCGCCAUCCACUUCCUUAUGUCUGAAACACAGACUUCCGGGGUAUGGAAUAUUUGGGCUUCACCGUGUUUCAUCGAAAUGUACAGCUGUGUGUCAUCUGCAUAACAGUAAAAGUUGACAGUGUUUCUGAAUGACAUCACCAAGAGGUAGCAUAAUGCAUUCAGUUGUACAACUAACUAAGUAUCCCCCUUUCCCUUCCCUUUCCCUAUAUAGUGAAAACAAUAGUGGUCUUAUAACGGAACCUUGAGGAACACUGAAACGUACCAUUGAUUUGUCAAAGGACAAACCAUCCACAGAGAUGAACUGAUAUGUUUCCGACAGAUAAGAUCUAAACCAGACAAGAACUUGUCCGCGUAGACCAAUUAGAGUUUCCAAUCUCUCCAAAAUACAGUGGGGAAAAAAAGUAUUUAGUCAGCCACCAAUUGUGCAAGUUCUCCCACUUAAAAAGAUGAGAGAAGCCUGUAAUUUUCAUCAUAGGUACACGUCAACUAUGACAGACAAAAUGAGAAUUCUUUUCCAGAAAAUCACAUUGUAGGAUUUUUUAUGAAUUUAUUUGCAAAUUAUGGUGGAAAAUAAGUAUUUGGUCAAUAACAAAAGUUUCUCAAUACUUUGUUAUAUACCCUUUGUUGGCAAUGACACAGGUCAAACGUUUUCUGUAAGUCUUCACAAGGUUUUCACACACUGUUGCUGGUAUUUUGGCCCAUUCCUCCAUGCAGAUCUCCUCUAGAGCAGUGAUGUUUUGGGGCUGUCGCUGGGCAACAGACUUUCAACUCCCUCCAAAGAUUUUCUAUGGGGUUGAGAUCUGGAGACUGGCUAGGCCACUCCAGGACCUUGAAAUGCUUCUUACGAAGCCACUCCUUCGUUGCCCGGGCGGUGUGUUUGGGAUCAUUGUCAUGCUAAAAGACCCAGCCACGUUUCAUCUUCAAUGCCCUUGCUGAUGGAAGGAGGUUUUCACUCAAAAUCUCACGGUACAUGGCCCCAUUCAUUCUUUCCUUUACACGGAUCAGUCGUCCUGGUCCCUUUGCAGAAAAACAGCCCCAAAGCAUGAUGUUUCCACCCCCAUGCUUCACAGUAGGUAUGGUGUUCUUUGGAUGCAACUCAGCAUUCUUUGUCCUCCAAACACGACGAGUUGAGUUUUUACCAAAAAGUUCUAUUUUGGUUUCAUCUGACCAUAUGACAUUCUCCCAAUCCUCUUCUGGAUCAUCCAAAUGCACUCUAGCAAACUUCAGACGGGCCUGGACAUGUACUGGCUUAAGCAGGGGGACAUGUCUGGCACUGCAGGAUUUGAGUCCCUGGCGGCGUAGUGUGUUACUGAUGGUAGGCUUUGUUACUUUGGUCCCAGCUCUCUGCAGGUCAUUCACUACUAGGUCCCCCCGUGUGGUUCUGGGAUUUUUGCUCACCGUUCUUGUGAUCAUUUUGACCCCACGGGGUGAGAUCUUGCGCGGAGCCCCAGAUCGAGGGAGAUUAUCAGUGGUCUUGUAUGUCUUCCAUUUCCUAAUAAUUGCUUCCACAGUUGAUUUCUUCAAACCAAGCUGCUUACCUAUUGCAGAUUCAGUCUUCCCAGCCUGGUGCAGGUCUACAAUUUUGUUUCUGGUGUCCUUUGACAGCUCUUUGGUCUUGGCCAUAGUGGAGUUUGGAGUGUGACUGUUUGAGGUUGUGGACAGGUGUCUUUUAUACUGAUAACAAGUUCAAACAGGUGCCAUUAAUACAGGUAACGAGUGGAGGACAGAGGAGCCUCUUAAAGAAGAAGUUACAGGUCUGUGAGAGCCAGAAAUCUUGCUUGUUUGUAGGUGACCAAAUACUUAUUUUCCACCAUAAUUUGCAAAUAAAUUCAUUAAAAAUCCUACAAUGUGAUUUUCUGGUGAAAAAAAAUCUCAUUUUGUCUGUCAUAGUUGACGUGUACCUAUGAUGAAAAUUACAGGCCUCUCUCAUCUUUUUGGUGGCUGACUAAAUAAAUUUUUUCCCCACUGUAAUGUGGUGAUCGAUGGUCACGAAAGGGGCACUUAUAUAAUUUAUCACCUUAACAAGCCUGACUUGCAACUCUGCUAUCUUAACCAUAAGGCGACAGUUCUCCUGCAUAUUAUAAGUACAGCGGCUGCAAUGGGAAGGCAGAAUGUUACUUAGUUUUUUUCGGCUGGUGGAGGUCCUGCAGAUCCAUGUCCAGAUUAAGCGUCCUGGGUAAAAGAAGUUUCAUGAAAAGUUAAACAGGUAACCAAGUUUGGCAGCUAGCCAAGUAGCAACUAAUAGCACAGCAACACAGAGACAACAUACAUACACUCGUCAUAUGCUGCUACUACUUAUUUUACUCUUAUUAUAUAUCCUGAUGCCUAGUCACUUUACCUUGCCUUUAUGUACAUAUCUACCUCCAAUACCUCGUACCCCUUCAAAUUGAUCUGGCACUGGUACUCCCUGUAUAUAUAGCUCCAUUCCUGUGUAUUUUAUUUUAUUCCUUGUGUUAGUAUUUUUUAUUUUGUUAUCAUUUUUUAACUGCAUCGUUGGGAAGGGCUCAUAAGCAACCAUUUCACGAUAAAGUCUACACCCAUUGUAUUCGGUGCAUGUGACAAAUACAAUUUGAUUACAAAAACACGAACUGUAAUCAGUUACAAUACCAGCAAAUAUAUUGUAAUCGGAUUACAGAUACUUUUGAAAGACUAGAUGAUUAGUUCUUGGAUUACUUUAGAAUUCAUAACGGAUGUUGGCGUAAAAAUACAUUAUGCCACCUUUCUGUUUUCUCUAUGACAUCAAUUCAGCAUUGAAAAAAAGAUGCAAGUUUUAAGUUUGUUCCACCUGAGCGAGUCUGACCACAAGUCAGAGACCACUAUGAUGACACACAAAAUGCGUUUGAUGGAUCCUUUUUGUCUUCUUCUAAUGCCUCUUAAAGGGAAAGUAAUCCAAAAGUAAUCAGAUUACGUUACUGAGUUUGGGUAAUCUAAAAGUUACGUUGCUGAUUACAAUUUUGGACAGGUGACUAGUAACUGUAAUGGAUUACAUUUAGAAAGUAACCUACCCAAUCCUGGUAGCACAUUGUUUGGUGUGUGCAAAACAUUUCUCUCCACAGUGGUCAUAUUUUUCAUAUAUACUGAAUAAAAAUAUAAACGCAACAAUUUAAUAAUUUUACUUAGUUACAGUUCAUAUAAGGAAAUCAGUCAAUUGCAAGAAAUUCAUUAGGCCCUAAUCUAUGGAUUUCACAUGACUGGGAAUACAGAUAUGCGUCUGUACCUUUAAAAAAACGUAGGGGCGUGGAUAUAAAAAACUAGCCAGGAUCUGGUGUGACCACCAUUUGCCUCAUGCAGCGUGACACAUCUCCUUCGCAUAGAGUUGAUCAGGCUGUUGAUUGUGGCCUGUGGAAUGUUGUCCCACUCCUCUUCAAUGGCUGUGCGAAGUUGCUCGAUAUUGGUGGGAACUGGAACAUGCUGUCGUUCUCGUCGAUCCAGAGCAUCCCAUACAUGCUCAGUGGGUGACAUGUCUAGUGAGUAUGCAGGACAUGGAAGAACUGGGACAUUUUCAGCUUACAGGAAAUGUGUACAGAUCUUUGCGACAUGGGGCUGUGCAUUAUCAUGCAGAAACAUGAGGUGAUGGCGGCGGAUUAAUUGCACGACAAUGGGCCUCAGUAUCUCGUCACGUUAUCUCUGUGUAUUCAAAUUGCCAUCGAUAAAAUGCAAUAGUGUUCGUUGUCCGUAGCUUAUGCCUGCCCAUACCAUAACCCCAUCACCACCAUGGGGCACUCUGUUCACAACGUUGAUAUCAGCAAACCACUCGCCCACAAGACGCCAUACACGUGGUCUGCGGUUGUGAGGUCGGUUGGAGGUAUUGCCAAAUUCUCUAAAACGACAUUGGAGGCAGCUUAUGGUAGAGAAAUUAACACUACAUUUUCAGGCAACUGCUCUGGUGGACAUUCCUGCAGUCAGCAUGCCAAUUGUACGCUCCCUCAAAACUUUAGACAUCUGUGGCAUUAUGUUGUGUGACAAAACUGUUCAUUUUAGAAUGGCCUUUUAUUUUCCCCAGCACAAGGAGUACCUGUGUAAUGAUCAUGUUGUUUAAUCAGCUUCUUGAUAUGCCACACCUGUCACGUGGAUGGAUUACCUUGGCAAAGGAGAAAUGCUUGCUAACAGGGAUGUAAACAAAUUUGUGCACAACAUUUGAGAAGCUUUUUGUGCAUAUGGAACAUUUCUGGUAUCUUUUAUUUCAGCUCAUGAAACAUGGGACCAAUACUUUACAUUUUGUGUUUAUAUUUUGAAUAUACUGUAUAAUGUAUAUUCAACAACAUUGUAUGCCAUUAGUAUCAUUUUCCGCCUCCACUCAAUAUUUUGUUUCCAGUCUGCAAAGACAUCGUAAUAGUAAUUUAGCACUCUAUUUGGCCCCUCACUUGUUUGACUUGGACCCCAGUAUGGGUGUAAAUCACAAUAUUUAUUUAUUAUUAUUUCCUGUAGAUAGUUGAUAGUAUCUGGAGUAUAUUCAUCCUUGUUUUCUGCUUUCUUUGGCCAGGGUCCUCGUCCACUGAGAGACAUCUGGAAGUGACAGCGAUGGCCGACUGCGUGCCUUUCCUCUGUAUGGAGGACCUCAGGGAGAUCCUUACCGCUGUUCUGCACAGGAAUGCUAAGACCGUGCAGGAGUGCCGGCCGCUGAAAGUCACCAACUACCUUCAGGUAAGAAACACUGAUUCAUGUACCUGAAAAUAAAGCUCACUUACACAAUAUUAAAUAUGUGUUUAAAUAUACAGUGCCUUCAGAAAGUAUUCACACCCCUUGACUUUUUCCACAUUUUGUUGUUACAGCCUGAAUUAAAAUUUUUAUUCAAUUUAGAUUUUCUUGUCACUGGCCUACACAAAUACCCCAUAUCAAAGUGGAAUUAUGUUUUUAGAAAUGUUUACAAAUUAAUUAAAUAUGAAAAGCUGAAAUGUCUCGAGUCAAUAAGUAUUCAACCCCUUUGUUAUGGCAAUAAUAACUUGCAAUAGUAGUGUUUAACAUGAUUUUUGAAUGAUUACCUAAUGUACCCCACACAUACAAUGAUCUGCAAGGUCCCUCAGUCGAGCAGUGAAUUUCAAACACAGAUUCAACCAAAGACCAGGGAGGUUUUCCAAUGCCUCGCAAAGAAGGGCACCUAAUGGUAGAUGGGUAACAUAAAAAAGCAGACAUUGAAUAUCCCUUUGAGCAUGGUGAAGUUAUUAAUUACACUUUGGAUGGUGUAUCAAUACACCCAGUCCAAAGAUACAUAUGUCCUUCCUAACUCAGUUGCCGGAGAGGAAGGAAACCGCCCAGGGAUUUCACAAUGAGGCCAAUGGUGACUUUAAAAGUUACAGAGUUUAGUGGCUGUGAUAGGAGAGAACUGAGGAUGUAUAAACAACAUUGUAGUUACUCCACAAUACUAACCUAAUUGACAGAGUGAAAAGAUGGAAGCCUGUACAGAAUAUAAAUAUUCCAAAACAUGCAUCCUUUUUGCAACAAAGCACUAAAGUUAUACUGCAAAACAAUGUGGCAAAGCAAUUAACUUUUUGUCCUGAAUACAAUGUGUUAUGUUUGGGGCUAAUCCAAUACAACACAUUACUGAGUACCACUCUCAAUAUUUUCAAGCAUAGUGGGGGCUGCAUCAUGUUAUGGGUAUGCUUGUAAUCGUUAAGGACUGGGGAGUUUUUCAUGAUAAAAAAAUUAACGGAAAGGAGCUAAGCACAGGCAAAAUCCUAGAGGAAAACCUGGUUGUCUGGUAGAAACCAGACAACAUUUACAUUUACGUCAUUUAGCAGACGCUCUUAUCCAGAGCGACUUACAAAUUGGACAACCAGGUUUUCCUCUAGGAUUUUGCCAGGACAAUAACCUAAAACACAAGGCCAAAUCUACACUGUUGCUUACCAUGUAGCUCAGUUGGUAGAGCAUGGCGCUUGCAACGGCAGGAUUGUGGGUUCUGCUAAAAUGACUAAAAUGUAAAAGAAGACAGUGAAUGUUCCAGAGUGGCCUAGUUACAGUUUUGACUUAAAUCUACUUGUAAAUCUGUGGCAAGACUUGAAAAUUGUUGUCUAGCAAUGAUCAACAACCAAUUUGACAGAGCUUGAAGAAUUUUGAAAAUAAUAAUUGGCAAAUUUUGCACAAUCCAGGUUUGGAAAGCGCUUAGAGACUUACCUAGAAAGACUCACAGUUGCAAUCGCUGCCAAAGGUGCUUCUACAAAGUAAAGACUUGAGUGUGAAUACUUAUGUAAAUGAGAUUUUUCUGUAUUUCAUUUUCAAUAAAUUAGCACUUUGUCAUAAUGGAGUAUUAUGUGUAGAUGGGUGAGAAAAAAAAAAUGUGUUUAAUGCAUUUUGAAUUCAGGCUAUAACACAACAAUGUGGAAUAAGUCAAGGGGUAUGAAUACUUUCUGAAGGCACUGUGUGUAUAUAUAAGGUCCCUAUACUGUACUUCCUGUGGGUAAAUGUAUGGUGGUUAAAUUGAUGUGAAGGUCUUGAAAGUCCUUUAUCAUGUGAUGAAAGUGGAGAUGGAGUCAAGACCGGAACACUCCAGACCCAGACCCAUUGAGACCAAUACCCUGUAUAUAGACACCAUGAUGAGACCAAGACCAAUUAAUUGUGAUAAAACGAGACCCCAGAGAAAUACUGAAUUCUCUCUCUAAACAUUUGCCAUCCGGCUUCCACGUUUAAAAAGCAAGGUAAGGAAGAGUAGCCAUGUCCAAGCCAGAAUGGACCAUAGGGCAGGAGCCUAACUCCUGUUCGUAUCAUAAGGCAGCUUGAUGUACAAGUACACCCUCUGGACAGGAUGCUAGUCUAUCGCAGGGCCUUACCACAAAUCCAUCUCCCCAACCUUCCAAUCUCAGGGCAGACACUCUUACCACAAGGCCACUGAGUUGGCCAGAAAGCAAGGUGGUGUAUCUUGACGACAUGAGUUUAGAGACUACAAAAACAAUGGUAUUUUCUGAUACUAUGAGCCGAGAUCAAGACCCAGACCAGGAUAGUGGUGCCAACAAGCAGACCCAUUCCAAGACCAAAUGUCGAGAUCAAGACCACUAGAUCAAGACUCCAUCUCUAGGUGAAAGCCAAAUAUACUGAUUAUGUUGCCUUUAAUGCAUGAUGGUGUGUUUCGCUUGAAGGGAGAAGCUGUUCGACUGGCCCGUCAGCUGCCUAUGACCCUUGCCAAAGAGGAUGUGGAGGACACACUUUCGCGGAUGCAACAGCAGCUGGAGACCAGCCAAGCCUGCAUCCAUGGACAAGCCUUUUUCCACCACCUUUCUGACAUUCCUGACACUGAACAAGAGGCGCUGAAGAUCAUGUCCGAUAUUUUGUAG